AUGCGCACGCGGCACCCUCUCGCAGUUUAGGCCGUUCCCAGGGGUUUCCUCGCGUCUAGCGCCCGAGUGUUGCGGACAGGAGAACGGGUAAUAAACUACCCGAUGGGAAGCCCAGCAGCCAGUAUACCCGCCCUGGGGUCGGGGAACCGACGGGGAAGCGUGGGAGCGGCUUCCCCACAGAGGGAGCCCACAGGAGGGCUGAGUAGUGGGAAGUAUUAAAACAGACAGGUGUUAUCAUGCAGUGACAAUACACAUAAUGUAAUCAACAUAAUCACACAAACAAAAUAAAGCAAUAACAAUGCAGAUCAAUAAAUUAAGGUGUUGAGGCAGCAGCAAAGAAAGAGAAAGAGGAAGAGGUUACAUGAGAGGAUAACAUAUGUGGACUGUUCCUAUUGGUUAAGAGAUAAUGAUGUAAUGUUAACCCUGUGAGGGUAUUUAUGCAUGUUUUUUUCUACAAAUAAACACCUUAGCUUUCUUUGCUGGUGAGGAAUAAAAGAAAGAGAUAAGCCUAAUAGGAGCCUCCAUGUCCUUUAAUAAAAUCUGUUUUUCUUUUCUUCAUUUAUGAUCUAUUUCUCUUUAAAUCAUAAGACAAAGUAGGGACUACCUUGUCUUAUGUAUAUUUCCUACGCCUGACAAUUGUGACAAAGGGUUGGAGCUUAAUGCAAACUCCACUUCCUUUGUCAAGCUAACAAAGGGUGAUGCUAGCCUUAAUUAAGCUCCAACCUUUGUCAAGACUGCCAUGUUUAGAAAAAGACAAAGUAGUCCCUGCUUUCUCUUAUAUUUUAAUGAAAAACAGAAAUGAAGAAACGAAGAACAGAUUCUGAAAAAGGAAGAGAAGAGGAAACACUAUGAAAAAGGUAAGGUUUAAAGUUAAUUGCCAAAAACACUGCAAAUAUUAGCAGUGAAGGUGUUCUAAUGAUAAAUAUUGAUUGAACUAUAAAGGUCAUUCCGAUGUCUUAGAAUUGAGAGGAAAUUUGGAUUCUGUCUCACAGAGAGAGGGGAAGGACUGACUUAACUAAAACGGGAAGUGAGCUAUAUGCCGCCUUUAUGUGAUGAAACUAAACACGACAUAAUCAUCUUAACUCUAUUUAUUCCUUCUCCAUUUACAGCAAAUACUAUGAGAAAGAAGCAUUAAUGUCUGAUGCAGUGUGUGGUCCUAUUUUGGCUGCUCUCUUGGGUAAGGACACUCUAAGACGCUUUUUUCACAUAGAAAAGUUUCACCACUUUUGCAAUAGAAAUGUUACCUAUUUACUAAAAGCAAGCUUCUCUGUAGUCACUUAUUCUAUCUCAUUAUCGCUGGUCAUCUUUGGGAGCUGUCAUGUGUGUUUUUGUAAAACGUCUUUGGAAUACGGUCACCGUAGGCCAUCCCAAUCCAGCAGCAUUGAUAAUGCUGAAUUAACCUUUCCAUUUUAUCAAUAACAAUCUUUUCAAUUUCUGUCCAACUUUAGAGUACAUAGGGGCCAGUUAGCUGGUUCACUCAGACUGUCAGUGUUAUCCAGUUUGGAUGGAAUUUGUAUAAUAAAAUAUAUGUAUUUCUAAAUGAACAAUUACAAAAUGAAAUAGAUGCCAAAUGUGCACAAGUAGAGCUACAUACAAUUUAUUUGAAGGACCUUAAAGAAACAAACAUUUUGGGGGUUCCCAUUUAUCAAUACCAAUAUUGUUCUGAGGAACCCCAAAACAUUUGUUUCUUUCUGGAUUUCAAAUAAAUUGUGUAUGCCUUCAUUUUGUCAUUGUUUGUCUUAGAUUUGACCCUACCUUGAGCAACAGGGUAUAAGGUCAGCAGUUUAUUAGUUAUUUAAUUUUAAGUUUUGGGGGACUGCAAUAACCCUUACUCUAUCUCUAUGUGGCCACUUUAUUUCUAAAUUAGUUUGGAAGUGUAUAAAUAAUUGAUGCAGAUAAUUAUCUUUACUUUAUUCUUCUGAGCUUUCAUUUUUUUCACACCUGUCAUUUUUCCUAUAUUUUUGUGCCAAUUCAUGCUAAAUAAACCUUUCAUAACUGUAAAAAUCUUUUACAGUUUACCUAUAUUGACCUACCAAAUUUUUUGUUUUUUGUUUUUUUUGUUUUAUUAAAACUUUAUUAUUUUUUUGUUUAAAAAAAGUAACAAAAUAUCUCAAAAUAACAAUAUUAUGCCUAACAAAGAAAACGAUAAAUAUGCUGUUAUCAUACAAAUCUUGUUAGCGUUAUUAUUAUCAAGGGGCGAUUUGGCCUGUUUCACAAUUUGAGUCAGAUCAGGUCAAAUGUCCUAAGAAUAUAUCAAAUGAUUAUUUAUCAAUAGUAUAACACAAAAUCUCUUCAUAAUUAGUGCAGCAUAACAAUAUAAAAGGAAAAAAAAACAACAACAACAAAAACACAAGACAAAAAAAUAACAUAAAAAGGGGGGGAGGGGUGAAGAGAACCGACUGUGGUGAAUAGAUCAAUUAAUCGCUACUAAAAUAAAAUAAAAUGUGAAGCACAACUCUAAAGUCAUAGUUAACAUUGAUCAAUGUAAUCAAGAUGUCAGUAAGGUCUAACUAAUUGAAGAAUUUGCUCUAUUCAUAUAAUUAUCGUUAUUGUUGUUUGCUGAUGUAGAAAACAUAAUACGAAUUCUACAACCCAUGAAUAUGAAGUGUGGUUAGAAAACAAUAGAUUUAUAUGAAGACCAUUAAUUUAACCAUUUUUGCCAUAGUUUCAUAUAUUUAAGUAGCUGACCACCUGCCCCCAAUAUAAAUCCUCCGUAGAUCCUGUAUCUUCUACUUUUUUUACGCACUGCACCAAAGUAUGUUUUUUUUGUUUUUGUUUUACCAAAACCUAGGUAUCAGACCAUUAGCGUCAUUUUGAAGAAGGUUUAAUAGUUUUUGCUUAGCUGUGUUCUUGAAAAAAGACAUAUGGCCUAACAUUUUAAAUUCACUAUAAAAUUCCCACUGUUCGCACUUAAACCAAAAACAUUUUGUUUCAGCAUGAACAUACAUAUAUGUUUGUAUUGUAAAACUAAGGAUUUUACCCUGUUAAUGCUUUAAUUGCCCAGUGGAUAGGGGAGGUUUUAAAAUGAAAUACUGUAUUUUCUGGCAUAUAAGAUGACUUUUUAACCCUGGAAAAUCUUCUCCAAAGUCGGGGGUCGUCUUAUACGCCGGGUAUAGGGUCUAUAUGGCUGCCGGGGGCGCCCUGCGCCCCCAUCGCCGGCCCUUCUAAUGCUGCAGCCGCCUGAGCGCUCUAUAGAGAGCGCUCAGACGGCUGCCGCACUGCCUCUCUUCUCACCUCCCCUUCCCUGUGCAGAGUGGGUGGCCGAGCUCCUCUUCGUCCUGUCAGCUCACUUCCUUUCAGUCCGGCCGGGAACAGGUAACUGAAUCUCCUGUACCGCGCGGUACCCGGCCGGACUGACAGGACGAAGAGGAGCUCGGCCACCCACUCUGCACAGGGAAGGGGAGGUGAGAAGAAUGUAGGGAGGAUUGGGGUGGAGUAAAAAGAAUGGAGGGGGGAGUAAAAAAAAUGGAGGGGGGGAGUAAAAAGAAUAGUGGGAGUAAAAAGAAUAUAUCGCAAUUAGCCUCCUGUGUGCUAGACCAGCAGGCAUGGAUUAUAUGCCCAAACAGCCUGGCACAUACCUGGGCUUUAAAUGCUAUUUCAGAUUAUCAUUAUUUAAUGUCUUGCUGUGUAGCUCUGUCUGCUCACUGUACAUCAUGGCUAAUUUUUAUUUGGUGUGCAUUGGAAGAGGGGUAGUCUUAUACGGCGAGUAUAUCCCAAACUCUAUAUUUUAACUGGAAAAGUUGGGGGUCGUCUUAUACGCCCAGUCGUCUUAUACGCCGGAAAAUAUGGUAUAUUAAUAAAGAGUUGUUUUUUUUAGUGUUCUUUUUAACUGGGCCUAGGGCCCUUUGAAAUCUUAAUCCUUCUCUGAACACUCCUAAUCCUUUGUCGCUCUUUUUACUUUGCAGUGGGUCCGUGUGCAUUAGAAUACACAAAGUUAAAGACAGCUGAUCACUACUGGACAGACCCAUCUGCUGAUGAACUUGUUCAGAGACACCGGAUCCAUGGUGCUCACAACCGCCAAGACUCCCCAGGGAAACGGCCGACUCUUGGUGUAAGUGUCUAGUUUCCUGAGUAAAAACUGAGAAGUAUUUUAGUCUAAAUACUUUUUCCAGUUCACACCAGAGGUGGAACUGCAGGUUUAAAGCUCAAAGAAGUGCCACGAAUUAUUGUAAAAUCUGUUUAUUUGAAUGUUUGAGGACUUAAAAUUAGGGAAGAGAUUAUUGAUAAUUUAUUGUGGAGUUGAUUUGGGGCAUCUAUUAUGGUUUUGUGCUGCCAGUUUGGCAUGACUCUGAUCAAUGGGAGUUAGUAGGUAAUAAUUGCCUACCCUUACUCUCAAGGGACACUUCACUGCUAUAACAACAUAUAAUCCGUGGAAGUUCUGGCUCUGUCCUGUCUGUCUACACAUAAAUGCAUAUAACUAUUUAAAUUUGAAAACAUAGUUGCAAUAAUAAGCUUGUGUUUAAGGAGAAAAGCUAUGUCUACCCCUCUGCCAGUACAAUGUUUUGUAUAGUGUGCACAUACAAGGAUUCUGUACAAGUCCCCUCCGACCCUCAGGAAGUCCAAGCAACUGUGAGAGGGCUUGUCAAAAAACUAAUAUCAGCUGCUGACUAAAUAAUAAAUAAUAUAAUAAAUAAUAAAACAAAAAAAGGAGAGUUGAAAUCUGGCUUACAUCGUCAAUACUGACAUCAUUUUUAUACGUUAUUAUAUUUUAAGUAAUAUUGCAAAGCUUUGUUUUGCAUUCCUUCAAAUGGUUUGUGCACAGUUGUGUCAUCCUCAAUGUAUGACCGAGUCAGGGGCGGAUCCAGAACUGGUAGAUUAUUUAAAGAAACAAUCCAGGGACAAUAACCACUAAAGCUUUCUGUUGUGGUUAUGGUGACAGGAAUGCUGUGGCGCCCUCCCAGAGUAAGUAGUCAAACUGUUUAAGAACAGUUUGACAACUUACCUGGGGUCUGCAGGGAUAGGGGCUGUAGUAGGGGCAGUAUAGUGGGUGAGGGGUGCAAAGUAUUCGAGGGGUGUAUAUAGCGCCAACAUAUUUCACAAUGCUUUACAAUUAAAGAAUGGGAUAUUUUACAAAAAGUAAUUGAAAUGCAAAACAAUAACAGCGAUAAGAGGGGAAAAGUCUCCUGCUCAAACAGGUCAACAAUCUGUGGAAUGUGCAAUGUUGAGAAAUGAGGGGCUCCAGCCCAAACUAUUUCUGGGGCCGAUGAUGGUGCAUUUUCUAUAGAGCAGUACCCCCUAACCGUCCAGGAUUUAUGGAUUACCCAGUUGUUUCUAAGGUGUUUUUAGAAAGAAAAAAAAAAACACUUUAGACACAACAGUGUAAUCCCUAAAUCCUGGACCGGUAGGAGGACUGGGUUGGGAACCCCUGGUAUAGAGAAUGCAGAGCUUAAAAAAUGCAUGUCUGAUUGCAGCAAAGCAAACAAUGCAGAUGGGGAGAGCAGUCACCUUGUAUGUAUUCAGGUUGCAAGGAUUAAGGCAUCACCCCCUCCUGAAUAAUAUUCAAAUAUCAACAAAUGAUGUCCAGGGCUUAUAUUGAAAAUAAUAUUAUUUUAUUGACAACACAAAGCAACACACACAUAUUGCUGCUUUGAAUUGCCAAUAAAGGGAUAUUAUUUUCAUUAUAAAGAGUGCUAGACACAUUUUGUUAAUAUUUUGAUUGCAGCAACAGUCAAACCACCUUCACUUUUAAAAAAAUGUUUUUUAUGUGAUUUUAAUAGUAGUCACGCAAAUGGAAAAAUACCAGAAUAGUCUUCUGAAUAAAAGCAUUAAUAAGGCGUUAAAAUGUUCAAUAAUUAGGCUGGUGAAUUAUUUCUUAAAUCGUUACUACAUAUUACUUCAUGAAUCAUAAAAUAAUGAAUUAAAUAUAACGUGAUCACAAUGACUGACCUUUGAUGAAUCAAGCCACUUAAUUAUGGUAAUUUUGCCCCAAUUAUCUCUUGGGCAUAGUUUCUAGUGAUCUAUCUGUCUAAUUCCCUUGUAGCAAAAUCAUUGCAGUUUGUACAAACUUGCUUUUUUCAAGCAUAUUUUAAUACUAAGGAGAACAGCUCUGUGCGUUUUACCUUUUUCUUAAAAAUCAAAACGGCGUUCGUGAUAUGGUGUAUUAUCGAUUAACCUGACAUGGGAAACAUAUUUUUUGUAAGAAAUAAAUAAGUUUAGAGUGUUCCAAGGAUUAUAUUUGUACUAUUACAAUGUCUAGAGUCUGGUUAUAGAAAUGAGUUAAAAAAAUUCGUGUUAAUUCCUACCACGAAAUAAAUGUAAUCCUGAUUAUAUCCCACAGUGUCAUAUGCAGCAAAUGAAAUUUGAUCAGUGUUGUAGUGCAAUCAGCAAUAGAAGAGUCGUAGCACAUUCGUUAUAUUGCUUAACAGGCAUUCAACAUAGUCUAUGUCUGGUAAACAAGAGCAUUUAUUACGGAAAGGUAUAUAACUUGUUUAAAUUGGAUAUUUAUUAUAGGACUGUCAACACCUAGCCUUAAGAAGACAGGUAAUUAUUUGGUAUAUGUGCUCAGCGAUUAUUUCUACCAAUCAUUUCCAGGAAUUCCCUCUUUUAUUGGUUUUGUAAUUGUAUUGAUUACUUUUUCCAGGAAAACCGCACAACACACACAGAAAUUAAUCCUGUUCUCCAUUUGGCCUAUAAACUACCUGACUGGGAGUUAUGACAGAUUCAGAUCCAUGUGUCAUGAGAUAAAUGCAAGUGUUGCUUAUUGAUCCUUAAGAGACAGGAGUUUUAGCUUGUUCCCUCUUCGUCAAUCUUGCCUAGUAGCUCUGCUGUGGAUUUCAUAGGAAUCGUGAUUUUAAAAAGACACAGCAGGCAAGAGUUGACUCUAGUUUUUAAAGUGUUAAAUAAUGAUAAAAUGAAAAAUGAAAAAAGACAUACCACUUGUGACGGACCGCCUUGCACCCUCUCAAUCGCUGCUUCCUAGUACCAUAAGCACUGCAGUGGAACACCAUUACCACCGUAAACCCCACAAACCGCCGCAGCUGGGAUUGGGUCUCGCCGUCCUCCACCAACCCUGGGCCCAAGACCAGGACCCAGCUUCCAGUGGGUAGACCUCUCCUAGUCCUGAGAGCGUGGCAUGGAACAUACUCAGGGGAGUAUUGUAAUAUAGCAAUCUGCAGAGUGUAUGUAGUUCUCCAAUCCCCCAAACAUGAAGGGGUAAAGCAUUAUGUUUAAUGGAAGCCACAGCUGGCCUUUUAUGACAAUCCCCAUGCAAGGGGCAUUCCCACGUGGACCUUGUGGGGAAUUGCAGCACCAAGUCACAGACCAAUAACAACAAUGGUUAAAUGCAUGACACUCCCCUCCCCUCUGCCUUGGAGAUAAUUGAAUCAGGAACUGUACUAAUCUAAUCCAACUAUCUCCAAGCACAGAAAAAAACAUAAUUUUUUAAAACACCCUAAAAGUACCCUAAAAAUACUCUAGAUCUAACUUUUUGGCACUCCCAUUUUAUAUAUAAUUUGGAUCAUUUUUUUUUUCAGGGAAUUCCCUUGUAACAUUUGAUUAAUUUAAAGAAAAAUUUGAUUUGGACCAUUCUAUAUUACCAAAAUGUACUCUAAUAACAAACAAAUUGAAAGAAAAUUUUGAAAUAUUGGAAUUGGGUAAAGGAGAUAAAUCAUUAAAAAUGUCAAAUUUAGAAAAAAUAUAUCUCCUCAAUCCAAAUCGUAAAGGCAUAAUCUCAUUUUGCUAUUCCCAUAUUUCUCCUACGCCCACAUCUAAAUUAUCUGUUAUCUAGACCUAUAAUUGUACAUAGAAUUCCCAUCAAUUCACAUAUUGGUGAAUAACCCUGUAAGAGUAUUAGAGGUAUUUGCAUGGAUUCUGAAUUUGAACACAUCCUGUAUUUUUCCUCUAAAUAAUAUGGGAACAAUAUCAAUGAUAAUUAUCCACCAUGGCUGACAAGCUGCUGUGGUCAAUGUACUCUUAUCAGUCGCAGGGCAGUACUUAUGGUACAAGUCUAUGUGCUAAUGAUAUUGUCAUUCCAAAUAGUACACAGAAAGUACAAGGGUCACAUGAAUGAUUAAGUGCCUGUAUUCGGAAAACAAAACUAGUUAUAGUAAUUAAAUAAACACAGCGAGAUGUGCUGCCAAUACCUAGUAUACAUUUAACAAGGCGACAUAAAAUAAUCUUUGGCAAAGGCUCAAAAUAGAAAGAUAAGCUAUGCAGAACACUUGUUAUAGACAUAAUCAAAUAUUAAUGACAGUGACACAAUAUAUAGGACACUAAUAAGACAAGAUGAAGGAAAAUCUGAGUACAUAAAAGCAAAUACUGUUAAAAUAAUUGAGAGAUUUACUUAAUAGAAAUAAGAAUAUGAUAACGGGUUGUUAUAUAGGAUUUAAUUUGAAAUCAUACCAUCAAACAGAUAUUUAGUCUCUUUUUCAACUUGUGAAAACUAAAACACCAUCAACGCCUAUGUUUAGUUUACCUAUUUCGGUAAACGAAAGAUAACUUUUUAUAUGGGAGUUAAACUACUGCUGGCAAGAGUCAGGGCAAAAAACAUGUGAUGUCAAGCAGCCAAUCAGAACCAGAGAUCCAAACAGUUGAGCUGUUCAACUCCCAGCAUCCCACAGUACAGGAAGAGGAAUAGGGUGAUGACGAGGAUGCCAUUUUACUCAUAAAGAUGUCCAUCUUAAAUCUAUUUUUCAACUUCAGUAAAAACUGGUGAACAUACAAAUGCAUUGACUCAAGAUAUAGACAGUUCCUAUAACACCAGACUUAUUUUCUGAUGGCCAAGCCACUUUAACCGCAAGCUUGAAUGCUCAGUCGAGAGAAAAUAGAGGCAAUGCUGUCUCUCAUUGGGAGGAAAUUGCAACACUGCGAGGUAGGGAUGGUAACAGCCACCUCAUAGGGAGGAACAAGGGGAAAUUACAAAUUAAAUAUUUAUUCAUGCAGGUUUAUAAUACAAAUGCUACUAAACUGAUCUCUACAGUGAUAGAAAGCAUACAUUUAAAGCAUCACCAAUUUUGGGCAAAGGGGUUAUCUGCUUUUGAGGUCGUAUGGCCUUUAACGUCUGUAAUUCUGAGCUUGAUGCCGACUGGAUAAGAUUAAUAGGAGAUACAAUGCACAGCAUCAUGAAGGCUAACCUCACGUCACACUCAUUUCGAAUCCCCCUAAUAGUAUAGGAUCCCCCUUUAAAGCCACACUGCUGUAUCUGAGUAACGGGCAGUCAGUUGUUAACUUUAUAGUCAUUAACAGAAAUGUGUGAGAACCAGUCGGUUGUUGUGGUCACACCAUCGGAGCCCCUGAAAUCGCUGUACUACCUGCCUCACCCUUAAAGUGGACUGUAACUAAAAAUGAUAAUAUUUUACAUCUAAUAUUUAUGCUAUAAUAAUAAUUUUUUAUUUUUUUAUUUUAAUUCAUGUAUAUUGAAAUGUUUGAAGAAAUCACUUUCCUACAUUUCCCACUGUCUUUUUCUGACAGUCAUAUUUGUGCAUCUCGGGUCAGACUGUUUGUUGUCCCCACCCAACGCUCACUAUUUGACAAUCAUCAGUUGCUUUUUAAAAUCAUGUGCUUUUUUUUUUUUAAUUUUCUAUCAGACUACUUUGACAGUUUUAAAAUGAGCAUUGGCUAAUCUCAUCAAUCAUUUUGCAUCACGGUCUUAUUAAUGUUCUGUAAAUAAUCCUACCUGCUAAAGUAAAAAUGUCAAAGUUUACAUAUUUAGAGGGGAACCAGAACUUCUAUUGAAAUUGCACGAUUGGCAUACUAUAACGUUUGUUAACCUUUUUUUGUUUUUCAUAUGAUGCUUUGUUUUCUUUUAGAAAUAUAUUAAAGAAUUAGUAAUUAACAUCUUAAUCCAGGAAUGGCUAAGUCACACAUUAAAUGAUUUGUUUAUAUUAUUAACAAAUCCAAUCACAUUAUUAAUAAACCUUUAUCAGGCCUUUGGUAGGCAUUUGCAUGAUCUUACAAUGCUGUUUGCUAUAUAGAAAUCCAUCUUCUAAAUCAGACCUAAGCUGACAUUUGUGUGAGCUACACUGGAGCCCAUUGCUGUAUCAUCAAAUCAUCUAUAAAACACUUACUGUCAGGAUCUUACCUGAGUUGGGAGUCUGUAGCGCAGAUAUGUUGCUCACCCUUGCAAAUAGACACAGUCCAAGGUGACCAGAUAAUAAACCACCUGGACUGUGAAUCUGUGCACGGGGGCUGUGCAGGAUAAAGCUCCAAGUUGCAAUACAGGCAAGGACACAAACAGCAGGAUAGUCAAAGGAUAGCCAAAGUCAAAGGAUGCCAGAGGUCAGGAUCAACAAAGAGUAGCCAAAGUCAAGGGAUGCCACAGGUCAGAGAAAUCGAUAAGAAGAGCCGAGGUUUUUCAUAUGAUGCUUUGUUUUCUUUUAAAAAUGUAUUAAAGAAUCAGUAAUUAACAUCUCAAUCCAGGAAUGGCUAGGUCACACAUUACUUUGGAGAAGGAAGAGACAUAGAAGCAUUAUUUUUUUGUUUUUCAUCAUCUCUCUAUAUGCUCUCUGUUGGCUGUGGAUGCAAAGACUGUUUUGUAUUCACCAAACAUUUUAUUGAAAUGUAAGCCGAAUAAAGAAACAUUUGGGGUUUCUUUGUGUUACAUAACCAAAUACCACAAAUAGCAACUUCCAUGCUAAAAACAUUAAUCGUCAAAUAUUAUGUACAGUAGGAAGCAGAUUUACAAACAAACAAGAAGACUUUAUUGGUCAGGUUCAGUUCCAAGCUAAAUUAUAAAGAGUACCCAUUUUCGAGAAAACAGAAAAUCAAACCGUGGCCAGGUCUACUUCUCAGAAAGAUUGCUCCAUCCCUCUCCAUUAUUUAAAUCAAAUUGGAAGUCACUCACAAAGUCUUCUUAAACAUAAAGAACAUGAAGCCAAUAUGGAGGCACUCAGCUCUGGAAUUGGUUGAUGGAUUUCUACUUUAAAUUUUAUUUUUCAGACUUAUUUGUUAAAUAUAGAGAAUAUGUAAAGAUAAUAUUGAAAGUAGGUAAAAACAUAGAGAGUAAGUAAAGUGAAUCAAAAUAAAGUAGACUCACAUAUGUACCAAAUAUACUUGCUGAUUAAACGCACAAACCUAUAAAUCUAUUUAUCUGAUUAAAAACAAGAUAAGCAUGAGCAGGUUGUCUUGAUAGUUUUGAACCUGUGAGAGAAUAGGAUUAUGUUGCUAAGAGACAUUUUGAGGCGUUAGAGGGAAACGUCCUAAAAGCUCCACUUUGGGCGUUAUUUCCCUCUGUUUAUCUAGCCUGCUCCAGUUUGUUGGAACAUUUACAAAUCUUUGUACUAAAUAAAUUGUGAUGAGCUGGCAUUUGCCAUACAGAAUGUAGGUCAAAAUAACUACUUUAAUCUAGUUUUCUAGUUAAGAUUGUGAUAUUUUCUUCAAGUCUCCAGUUAUGGUAUACACUUAGUUGCUAUUUCCCCGUAUCUAUGUUUAAUAUAGAACACCCAUAGUUUAUAAAAUAAAUAGUGUAUAUCACAGGUCUCCAUUGAAAUAUAUCUAAAACUAACACACCAGCUUGCUAGUGAUCUAUAUACCGGUAUUUAUUUUAGUGUACAAUGACCAGAAAUAGCUCCAACGUACAAAAUUUAUCUUUUCACAGUUCAAAAAACGUCAUUCGAGUGGUAGCAUGUCGGAGGAUAAAUUUGCUGCUUCAGCGAGAGAAUAUGUUGAGUCUCUGCAUCAGAAUUCCAAAAUACAUCUUCUGUAUGGGAAAAAUAAUGUUUUGGUCCAGCCGGUAAGUUUUCUUGAUUGUUUAAAAUACAGUAGACAUGGAGUAAGAUAUAAAAAAGAAAUGUUAUGUUUUAGUUUUUUAAUAACCUCUAUAGCAACGCCACAUGUAAAAACAUAUAAAUAAAUCUGCAAGUGACAAGGCAUACAUGCAGUAUAGCUAAUUGCUCAUUCUCGGGUUUGCUUCUCAGAUUGUAGACACACAGACAGGCAGUAAUCUUCCCUUUAUCAACACUAAAACCUCUUAAUAGAUAUCUACAACUCACCUAAUGUAGUCCAACUUGGUAGCAAUUGUCCAGCUUCGUGGCAGCCAUAGUACCCUUUUUCAUAGCCCUUAUACUUAACAGCUCUCUAGUAUCCCUGUGUUUUGCCCCUCGUCUAGAUUGUAAAUGCGCAUGCAAAAUCCUCUGUCCUUUCAGUUUGUAAUAUGCUUAAGUACAAUAUCCAAGGCUACAUAAAAUGGCUUAACUGACAUAAACAAAUGUUUAAUUUCUCCAUGCUGAUGCCAAGGAUGGAUACAUAAAACUCACUUUACAGCCAUAACAUGAGACUCCGGAAAUUAAAAGUCACAUCUAAUGGCACUCUUUGGCAUCUGGUUUUUAAGAGUCUGUGUACUAAUCACUGAGUUUUGAAAAAUGUUCAACCAACUUGAAAUCUCUAAGCUAAAAUUGGUUAAUUCAAAUAUAUCUCAAGUUGCAGGUUAUUUCCAAUCAAGUUACUGUGGCCUAAAUGUUACUAUUCUGUAUCUACAUACCACUGCUUAAUAAAUAACUCUGUUUGGUCUACAGUUGUUUGUGAUUCUCUAACUUUUUUUUUUUUUUUAGAAAGAGGACAUGGAAGCUAUUCCUGGAUAUCUAUCCUUACAUCAGAGUGGUGAGAACCUGACCCUAAAAUGGACACCAAACCAGCUCUUAAAUGGAACUCUAGGUGACUCUGAGCUGGAAAAGAGGUUAGUAUGCUAAUGCAAUUUUGUCAGAUCAUAAUACAUUUUAAUGGCACAUAGCUAAAUUUUUAGGUGUCAUCUAUAUUUUUUUAAAGACCAUUUAUUUAUAAAAAAUAUAUAUUUUCCAACUAGCAUGUCGUUGUAAAUAUAAAUUAUUAGUUUAUAUUAUUAACAAAUCCUAUCACAUUAUUAAUAAACCUUCAUUAGGCCUUUGGUAGGCAUUUGCAUGAUCUUACAAUGCUGAUUGCUACAUAGAAAUCCAUCUUCUAAAUCAGACCUAAGCUGGCAUUUGUGUGAGCUACACUGGAGCCCAUUGCUGUAUCAUCAAAUCAUCUAUAAAACACUUACUGUCAGGAUCUUACCUGAGUUGGGAGUCUGUAGCGCAGAUAUGUUGCUCACCCUUGCAAAUAGACACAGUCCAAGAUGACCAGAUAAACCACCUGGACUGUGAAUCUGUGCAUGGGGGCUGUGCAGGAUAAAGUUCCAAGUUGCAGUACAGGCAAGGACACAAACAGCAGGAUAGUCAAGGGAUAGCCAAAGUCAAAGGAUGCCAGAGGUCAGGAUCAACGAAGAGUAGCUGAAGUCAAGGGAUGCCACAGGUCAGAGAAAUCGAUAAGAAGAGCCAAGGUCAGGAGCCAGGAACAAACUGGAGAACAAACGAUCUGGAUACUCAGAAACAGGAACCAAACAGCAGAACCAGAGUCAAUGAAUUGACAAAAUUCCCAGGGCGAGGCAGUGCUUAAAUACCCAGCUAAUACUGAUCUGAUUCAGAUGGACUUAGAUAGGCAGGUGAGAGCCACUGGUGAAGUCCAGCUCCCUAGUGCUGAAAAUAAGACAAGAUUGGUGUUACAAACCCUGGUAUCUUAAGUACCUUGCUUGCCUAUUCCUCCCGAACUGCUAAGCCUAAAGAUUAUAGUUGCAGUUUGGGUGUAGUUACGAAUAGUUUCAGAUGAAUGCAGCAUCCAAGUAGUUUCUCCCCAGCAAGUAGAUAGCUACCCAAACAUGAGCAUAGACUUCAUGAAGAGUACAACAGGAAUUAUUCUUUAUUGAUGCCCCACUGGCUUUUAUGCAAGUCCCCAUGCAAGGGGACCUCCCACAUGGACCUUGUGGGGCACAGGGACACAAAUGUUACAUCCAAUAAUAGUUCAGUGACAAAGAUGAACACUCCCACUGCAAACAGACAAUCCCCUCCUCUCUGCCUGUGAGAUAAUUGAGUCAGCUAAAGGAUAACCCAAUUAUCUCCAGGCAGAAAAAACAUAUUUCCCCCAAUACUUGGAAAGUACCCUAAAACACAUAGUAUCCCCAUAAAUGUCAUAUCCCCUGAUAGCCCUGAUCUGGGUAACCAACAUAUCCACAAAUUACCCAGAUCAGUUCAGGGGUUUUCGAAUUCUAUGGAAGUGCCAUUUUACCAACCGCACACGAGGUUCCUGCCCAAAACAGCUCCAUGAGUUUAGGCUGUGCGGUCGGUCUAUUUCGAAAAUGUCAAAUAAAGGAAUAAAAUCACGAACGGAGCCCCCUGGCUCAUAGGAGUGAUUGUUCCCCUUGUAUGUGGGAACAAAACCACCAAUCAGCGCUCUCCUAGCUGUUCAGGAAAAGGAAGCAGGCGUUCAUUUGUUUUUACCGGUGUUCAGGAAGUCGAGUGUCCGAUUUUAGUUCCAGACAUUCGAUGACCAAGUCCCGCUGCCUCCUUUCGUGCAAACAAGAUAGCAAACAUUUUCUCUCUUUGGCUAUACGAACAGCAGCCACCCAGAGAGAGCACUCAAUCGACAGUUCCCUUUGUAGAUAAUGAGCCAUGGGGUGGUCGGUAGUUUCAGCUACCAAACUAAUAAAACUUAAAAAGUCAUGAAUCGCCAUAAAAGUUUCGAAUUAAAAGGCUCUUUUCUUCACAAUCGGACUUCACAGUCAAACAGGUUGGAGGUGCUCUGAAAGGUUGACUAAUCAGCAGCUGUAAGUGGUGGCUACCAGUGGCUACUGACUGCUUCUGCUGACUGAUACUGCAUUAAGAGUUUGUAGUUUUUUUUAGAUGAAAUGGAAUCUAAUUGAAGCCAAUAAUUUUUAAGUACUUAUGGAUAUUUCACCAAAUCAAACAACAAUAUGGUGCCUUUAACAGUCUGAACACUUCACACUGAAUUAAAUAGGUUCUCUAGUGUAGAAUAACAUGUCUGCAACUGAAAAAUGGAAAAAGUACAUUUCCAUAAAUACAUAUUGCCAUCUGAUUUUAUUAAAAAGUGAUAAAUAUCUUGGGGAGUAUGUUCUUUCUCCCCUUUUCAUUCCAAAUGUGAUUGUUACAAUCUUAUAAUCAAAGUUGGAUUUCCGAUCAACAAAUUUUAUUCCUAAAUCCCUGACUGUAAUUCUGAACAUAAUUGGUCAGUAGAGAGCACAAAAAAAAUGUAAAAUUAUAUUCUUUUCUUUUGCUAAUGUUUUCUAGAAGUAAACACUUUAAAUAACAAUGAUUAGUGUUUGGCGUAGCACUGUAAAAAGAGACCCCAUUAACUCUAAUUUAGUUUCUGGUAAUUAUUCCAAGUGCUUUUAGCAGCAUUUAGAAAACAUAAUGUUUCUCUGUAAUCUAUUAAGUGUAUUACCUUUCUUUCAUUUUCUAUAAAAAUGAAAUCUUGUCUUUAGCAGAGGCACUUGCUAAAUUAGGAACAUUGACAGACCCAAAAGCUUUCAUUAUUUGUUAAUGUAUAACUUAAUGUACAAUUAUUGUUGUGUACUGUUGAGAGAACAAGGGGGUGGGUAAAUAUUAAAUUUAGAAUGAUCUGUACAGGGAUGCGCUGUUCGCUAUAUUAAAGUACAACCAAUAUAAUCUCCUCUGGAAAAUAUUUAAAAGCAGGAAAAUGGAACUAUUUAUUGCAUCAACACAAGUCAAACUAAAUACAAGCAGUACUUAUCAAAGUAUAAAACAUGCAUAGCUUUCAGCCUAUAUAGUGCAUCUCAGAUGACUUAAAGGAACACUAUAGUCACCUAAAUUACUUUAGCUAAAUAAAGCAGUUUUAGUGUAUAGAUCAUUCCCCUGUAAUUUCACUGCUCAAUUCGCUGUCAUUUAGGAGUUAAAUCACUUUGUUUCUGUUUAUGCAGCCCUAGCCACACCUCCCCUGGCUCUGAUUGACAGAGCCUGCAUGAAAAAAAAAACUAGUUUCACUUUCAAACAGAUGUAAUUUACCUUAAAUAAUUGUAUCUCAAUCUCUAAAUUGAACUUUAAUCACAUACAAGAGGUUCUUGCAGGGUCUAGCAAGUUAUUAACAUAGCAGGGGAUAAGAAAAUCUUAAUUAAAGAGAACUUGCAAUAAAGAAAGCCUAAAUAGGGCUCUCUUUACAGGAAGUGUUUAUGGAAGGCUGUGCAAGUUACAUGCAGGGAGGUGUGACUAGGGUUCAUAAACAAAUUUAACUCCUAAAUGGCAGAGGAUUGAGCAGUGAGGCUGCAGGGGCAUGUUCUAUACACCAAAACUGCUUCAUUAAGCUAAAGUUGUUCAGGUGACUAUAGUGUCCCUUUAAUCUUCUAGAGCACUGUUUGGUCAAUAUUCCACUUGGUAGACUGAAGUAUAGAUCCUAGUAGCACCCAUAGCUUCAUUGAUCUCUGUCUUUCCCUUCUGCUUGAAGAUGCUGUAUUUUAAUAUUUUUACAAUAAAGGAGAUAGUGUUUAAUGAACAGAAUCAGUGGCGUACACGCCCCAUGGAGCCCCGGUGCGAAAAUUGAUCCGUGGGCCCCCCCCUCCCCCCGGCGCGCCGGCCGGGCCGCAACACAUGGCGGUGGGCACCUGGUCGCAGGGGUUACAGGGCUGCCACCCCUGCGACCACGGUAUGUACGCCAGUGCAUGCAGAUGCACACACACUUAAAGGACCACUCUAGGCACCCAGACCACUUCAGCUUAAUGAAGUGGUCUGGGUGCCAGGUCCAGCUAGGGUUAACACAUUUUUACAUAAACAUAGCAGUUUCAGAGAAACUGCUAUGUUUAUGAAUGGGUUAAGCCUUCCCCUAUUUCCUCUAGCGGCUGUCUCAUUGACAGCCGCUAGAGGCGCUUGCGUGCUUCUCACUGUGAUUUUCACAGUGAGAGCACGCCAGCGUCCAUAGGAAAGCAUUAUGAAUGCUUUCCUAUGUGACCGGCUGAAUGCGCGCGCAGCUCUUGCCGCGCGUGCGCAUUCAGCCGACGGGGAGGAGAAGAGGAGGAUCGGAGGAGGAGAGCUCUCUGCCCAGCGCUGGAAAAAGGUAAGUUUUAACCCCUUUUCCCCUUUCCAGAGCCGGGCGGGAGGGGGUCCCUGAGGGUGGGGGCACCCUCAGGGCACUAUAGUGCCAGGAAAACGAGUAUGUUUUCCUGGCACUAUAGUGGUCCUUUAAAGGACCACUACAGACACCCAGAUCACAUCAGCUCAAUGAAGUUGUCUGGGUGUCAGGUCCCUCUAGUUUUAACCUGCAGCUGAAAACAUAGCAGUUUCAGAGAAACUGCUAUGUUUCACUGAGGGUUAAUCCAGCCUCUAGUGGCUGUCUCACUGACAGCCGCUAGAGGAGCACACUGAACGUCCAUAGGAAAGCAUUGAGUAAUGCUUUCCUAUGGGCGAUUUGAAUGCGUGCACGGUCUCAUUUGGAGCUGAGAGGCUGAGGGAUCCCCAGCACCAAGGGAGUCCGGCGCUGGAGAAAGGUAAGUGCUGAAGACACACACACUCUCAUUAACAGACACACACAUUUACUGACAGAGACACACUCAGCGACAGACAUACAUACACACUCACACACUCACUUACAAAACAUACACUCUUAUUGACAAACACACACUCACUAACAGACAUCAAACAGACUCACUAAGACACACACACUCAGUAACACACACACUAACACACACUAACACUCACUCUAACACUAACACUCACUCUAACACUCACUCUAACACUCACUCUAACACACACUCUAACACUCACACUCACACUCACUCUAACACUAACACUCACUCUAACACUCACUCUAACACUAACACUCACUCUAACACUCUAACACUCACUCUAACACUAACACUCACUCUAACACUCACUCUAACACUCACUCACUCUAACACUAACACUCACUCUAACACUCACACUAACACUCACUCUAACACUAACACUCACUCUAACACUAACACUCUAACACUCACUCUAACACUAACACUCUAACACUAACACUCACUCUAACACUAACACUCUAACACUCACUCUAACACUAACACUCUAACACUAACACUAACACUCUAACACUAACACUAACACUAACACUCUAACACUAACACUCUAACACUAACACUCUAACACUAACACUCUAACACUCACUCUAACACUAACACUCUAACACUAACACUCUAACACUCACUCUAACACUAACACUCUAACACUAACACUCUAACACUCACUCUAACACUAACACACUAACACUCACACUCACACUCACUCUAACAGGUUGUUUUGUUGUUUUUUUUAAAUGUAAUCCCCCCAGCCUCCUUACCUUUUGGAGUGCUGGGGGGAUUCCCUGGGGUCCAGUGGUGCUGCUGGGCUCCUGGGCGGGUGGCCGGUCGGGCAGGCGGGCGCGCGAGGGAGCACUCAGUUCUUCCUCUUCAGCUCCCUCGCGCGCCGCGUAGGGAUGUCGGCGCCGGAAGAUGACAUCAUCUUCCGGCUCCGGUAUCAGUGCGGUGCGCGAGGGAGCUGAAGAGGAAGCACUGAGUGCUCCCUCGCGCGCCUGCCUGCCUGACCGGCCCCCCAGGGGAAGAGGCUAGCCCUGUGGGUACAUACUGGGUCGCAGGGGCAGCCGGGCCCCCUGGUGGGGCGGGCCCGGUCGCAGCCGCGACCCCUGCGACCCUGGUAUGUACGCCACUGAACAAAAUGCUGUACACAGAAAUUAAAUGCUUUCAUCUGGUUACAUACAGUGAGGGAAAAAAGUAUUUAAUCCUCUGCUGAUUUUGAACGUUUGCCCACUAACAAAAAAAAAUGAUCAGUCUAUCAUUUUAAUGGUAAGUGUAUUUUAACAGUGAGAGACAGAAUAACAAAAAAUAAAUCCAGAAACAUGCAUGUCAAAAUAGUUAUAAAUUGAUUUGCAUGUCAAUGAGUGAAAUAAGUAUUUGACUCGUUCGACUUAGUACUUGGUGACCAGGGCCGGUACAAAGAAUUUUGAGUACAUAGGCGAAGAUGCAUUUUUCCACCCCCCUCCCAAAAGCAUAUUCGCCCAUGUGCCUCUUAACCUCCCUUUUGUGUUUCUUAUCCCAUCUUUUAAAUAUCUGACUCCCUUUAGUGUAUUUUAUCUCCUAUUUUUGCCUUUGUGUGUCUCCUAUCUCUCCUCUUUGUAUGACUCUUACAUCCUCCCACAUUUUGUGUCUCACUCCUCCCAGCCCCUUUGUGUGACUCCUUUUCUCCCAGCCCCUUUGUGUCUUUUAUUCUUCCCAGCUCCUUUGUGUGUCUCUUUCCUUCUCAAGCCCAGCUGUGUGUUUCUUUUACAUCCAGCCCCUCUCCCUGUCCCUUAAUGGUCCCCUCCCUUCUCUGACCCUUACUGCUCCUCUCCCUUCUCUCCUCCUUUCCCUGUUCCUCAGUGUUCCUUUCCCUUCCCCCCUCCUUUCCCUGUCCCUUAGUGUUCCUCUCCCCUCCCCCCUCUGUUCCCUGUCGCUUAGUGUUCCUCUCCCCCCCUCCCUCCUUUUCCUGUACCUUAGGGUAUCUCUCCCUUCCUCUCCCUGUCCCUUUGUGCGCUACCCACACCCAUAGUGGUCCCCUCCCCUUCCUGGUGUGCCUCCUACCUUUCUUGUAGCGUGGCUGAGCGGAGCGAAUCCCGGUACAGUGAGCUUUUCCUGUCAGUCCUGCUAGGUACAGGAAACAGAAGUUCCUGUACCACGGUAUACUCCGCUUGGCCGCGCUACAGUCAGGGGUGUAGAAACACUGACAGUCACACACACUCAAUGACAAACACACAGACAUCUCUGACAGCCAGACUCACUUAUCUGACACACUCAUUCAUUGACAGACACUCACACGCACACUGACAGACACACAAACACUGACAGACUCAUUGACAAACACACACUGACACACACACAUACUCACAGACACUGACAGACACACAUACUCACAAGCACAUCCUGACAGACACACUCAUUCACACAUAUACACUGACAGAACCACACACAUAUUCACAUGCACACACUCACACACACACUGACAGACACACUCACUCACACACACACUGACAGACACACAUACUCACAUGCACACACAGACACACAUACUCACAGUAAUUAAUAAUCUAAAUUAAAUUUAAAUUUCCCACCCAGCCUCCCUACCUGGAGAGCUGGCGUGGGUCUCUCAUUGGUGGUCCGGUAGGGCUGCUGGGAGGCGUGCAGCUGCAUUGGAUUCCGAGGCAGUGAGGGAGCUCUGAUCUCUCUGAUCUGCUCCCUCGCAGGCUGUUUACUGAUGCCGCGGGAGCGGGAAUAUGACGUCAUCAGUAAACAGCCUGCGAGGGAGCAGAUCAGAGAGAUCAGAGCUCCCUCGCCACCUCGGAAUCCAAUUCAGCCGCACGCCGCGCCGGGGAUCCAGAAGGUGACCUGGCAGGAGGGAGCACUUCCCUCCUGCCGGUCACUGGAAUUUAGCGCCCCCAGCGCCGGUGCGCCCUAAGGCGGCCGCCUAUGCCGCCUUAUGGACACGCCGGCCCUGUUGGUGGCAAAACCCUUGUUGGCAAUCAAAGUCAGACAUUUCUUGUAGUUGGUCACCAGGUUUGCACACAUCUCAGGAGGGAUUUUGUCCCACUCCUCUUUGCAGAUCCUCUCCAAGUUGCUAGGGUUUCAAAGGCUGACAUUUGGCAACUGGAACCUUCAGCUCCCUCCAGAGAUUUUCUGUAGGAUUAAGGUCUGGAAAAGGGCUAGGCCACUCCAGGAUCUUAAUGUGCUUCUUCUUGAGCAACUCCUUUUUUGCCUUGGCUGUGUGUUUUGGGUCAUUGUCAUGCUGGACCCAUUUUCAAUUCCCUGGCUUAGGGAAGGAGUUUCUCACCCGAGAUUUGAUGGUACAUGGCCCCAUCCAUCGUCCCUUUUUCCCUUUGUCCCAUGUUUGACAGUGGGGGUGGUGUUCUUGGGGUCAUAGGCAUGAUCCUCCUCCUCCAAACACAGCGAGAGCUCGAUUUUGGUUUCAUCUGACUCUAACAUUUUUACCCAGUUCUCCUCUGAAUCAUUCAGAUGUUCAUUGGCAAACUUUAGACGGGCCUGUACAUGUGCUUUCUUGAGUAAGGGGACCUUGCGGGCGCUGAAGAAUUUCAGUCCUUCACGGCGUAGUCUGUUACCAAUUGUUUUCUUUGUGACUAUGGUCCCAGUUGCCUUGAGAUCAUUAACAAGAUCCUCCCGUGUAGUUCUGUGCUGAUUCCUCAUCGUUCUUAUGAUCAUUGAAACUCCACAAGGUGAGAUUUUGCAUACAGCACCAGACCAAGGGAGACUGACAGUUAUUUUGUGUUUCUUCCAUUUGCGAAUAAUCGCACUAACUGUUGUCACCUUCUCACCAAGCUGCUUGGCAAUGGUCUUGUAGCCCAUUCCAGCCUUGUGUAGGUCUACAGUCUUGUCCCUGACAUCUUUGGACAGCUCUUUGGUCUUGGGCAUGGUGGAGAGUUUGGAAUCCGAUUGAUUGAUUGCUUCUGUGGACAGAUGUCUUUUAUAAAGGUAACGAGCUGAGAUUAGGAGCACUCCCUUUAAGAGAGUACUCCUAAUCUCAGCUCGCUACUUGCAUAAAAAACACCUGGGAGCCAGAAAUCUUGCUGAUUGAUAGGGGAUCAAAUACUUAUUUCACUCAUUUCAAAUCAAUUUAUAACUUUUUUGACAUGCGUUUUUCUGGAUUUUUUGUUGUUCUGUCUCUCACUGUUAAAAUACAACUACCAUUAAAUUUAUAGAUUAAUAAUUUCUUAGUCAGUGGGCAAACGUUCAAAAUCAGCAGGGGAUCAAAUACUUUUCCCCCUCACUGUACAGGCUCAAUGAAACUAUAGGUGCUACAAGGAUCCAGAGUUCCAUCUAUUUACUGUCAAAAACCUUCGGUCCCCCCAUCAGUGGUGGAUGUUAUCAGUAGAUAACAUGUUUCUCUUUUUUGUUGAGCGCAGUAAAGUCUGACACUUAAGGAAAUGCAUUCUGCAUCUCGUGUCUUUGUUUAUGUGGUGUAAAGAAUGACGUCCACUGCAUUUGUUCUUCUUUUGUUUCAGUGUAUUCUGGGAUUACGCCUUGAUUGUACCCAUAAGUCAGAUAGUCUGCAUCCAUUGUCACCAGCAGCGUAAGUAUUACUCAAUGAAUGGUGCCAGUCAGCCAUGUUUAUUAAGAAAACUUCUGUAGUUUAAUCAAUCCUUUGUGUUCCCCGAUCACAUGAUGAGCCUUGGGCCUGCCUCCAAUGAUGUCUGCUUUGAUUCGUUUCACCAAAUCACAUGGGUUGCAUCCGACAUCACCUCGUCCAUAUAGUUCCCUAAUAACUUAUCCUCUCUUGUCUCUCAUUGGCUUAAUAUCACUAUAUUUAAAUGUUCAAAACGAGCCUUACAUUCAAUCAAAAUGUACCGUACAAGAUACCUAUUAAGUGGUCCCUUGUUUAAGUGCCUGUUGCUAGUACAGUGCUCAUUAACAUUAAUAACAUAAUAAAGAAAUUAAAUGUGCAAAAAGAUAAGAAGUGUUCAGACAAAGGAACAAAUUAAAUACUACCCAUAAACAUUCUAAUUGGUUCUAUACCUAUAUAUUUAGAUUCCUUUAAUUUAAUUUUAAAGUCACACCUUUUCUUUGAGUACAUCGAGACGGAUAAUUUAAUGAAAAGCCAACUUACAACUUUGACAACGCCCUACUGAUAAAAUAAACUCACGUGUGGUGAUUACCUGAAUACAUUUACCAUAUAAACCUUUGCAGAUUUUACACAACUCAGAAACAGAAGGAAUUACUGGAAAAUGUGUUGAUUUGCAAAGGUUGUGGUAACAAUUAAAUAUAAAUUAUGCAAAAUAGUGGCAACCAUAACUUGAAUUCAAAAGAGUUAUAAUGAGAACAAUAUCUAUAGUAUUUGCUUUGAUGAAUGUGAAUAAACUAUGAAAUAAUAUAAACAAGCAUUUCAUAUAUGAAGACAGCCCCCCUCCCCCAUUAAUAUUACAUUCAUCUGUUUUAGGAAAAACCUGAUCUGUAGCCUAUCUUUUUAAAUAUUCAUUCCACUCAGUGCUUAACAUAGGCUUUUUUCCACUUGCAGCAGAAAGCAAAGGGAUCCUUGUCCUGGUCAGCCAGGAUGGUAUUCAGAGACCCCCACUGCACUUUCCUCCAGGAGGUCAUCUCCUUGCCUUUCUUUCUUGCCUUGAAAAUGGACUUUUGCCCAGAGGACAGUUAGAGCCACCCCUCUGGUCGCAACGUGGAAAGGUAUGUUAGCAGUCUAUGGUUGGUUUUUGUCAUCAUCUCCCUCACACAUUUUAAAUUUCCCUAUACUGUCUCUGUGAACUAGUCCAGAAAAGCGAUCUCACCUUUGGCACCACAAGUUUUCUCCUAAAUUGUGGGCAUUGUACAGCGCUACAGAACUUCUUUUUUAUUUCAGGGAAAAGUAUUUCCAAAACUGAGAAAAAGGAACAGUUCUAACAGAUCAAUUGACAUGGAUGAAAACAUUGUGGAAGAAAUAAGCACGGACUAUGUCUUCAGGAUCAUCUAUGCAGGACACCGGCAUGAUAAUAGUAAGAUUGUCUACAAUUUAAUCCUGAUUUUCCUUGAAUUUUUGUAUGCCUUAUUUGCAGCCAGCGAAGUUGUAAAAUGGCUGGGUGCUAAACUUUACCUUGAAACUUUUCUUUGCUAACUUAACUCCAUCUACUCAACCCCUAACCCAGCAACACAAUAAAUCCACAGGUACAUGCAUUUGGGGGCAAAAACAACCACUUUAAAGAUGUCUGACUCCACCUGCCAUUGGCUAUGCUGUUAGCCAAUGAGAGCCCUAGAAGGAUAAUAUGCAGAAAUACACUCAGACGUACAGCAUCUGAGGGAGCAAAUGUGUUAUAUCAUAAAUCCUGCUAGAGCAAGCUAAACAUGUUCAAAAGGUGUAUACCAAGACAAAAGGAUGUGUAUUUUUUUUAAUUUGGCCCAAAUCUAGAUGUUAUUUUUUAUGCAACAAAAACCUAGCCCUCUGUACUUGCUGUUUUAAAUUAUGACAGAUAUUGUUUUCAUGAACAGUUUCAUGUUGUCUGUAAACAUCUGCUCAGCGUUGCAUUAUGUGAAAACUCUCACAUUAGAGAGAAAUUGCUCCCAGAAACACACUGUGCACCCAUUUAGCCCCAGUAAUAGAAUGUGCAUACUUGCAUUAUUCUAAUUAUACAUUUGCUUGUUUCAGAUACAAUACAGGAAGGAAUAAUGCAAUUUAGUUUUCUCUCAGGGUUUCUAGAAAACUUUCUUUAUGAAAAAUGUUGAAGUGGUUGUAAAACAUUUUGAAACCGUUUCUUGUGAACUACCCUGGAUUUGAACAUUUUAAUGCGCUUGUUCCAAAUCUGGCACGUUACUAUCUUAAUCAGUGGUUCUUUACCUCUCCUUAGAGCACCCUAACAGUCCAUGUUUUGUCAGUAUACCAUUUAAAGAGUCGAGAAAUGACCUAAUCCUGGAAUGGUGUGCCUUAAGGACAGUUUGAAUUUUUGAUCUAAAUUGUAUAAAAACCCAAUGCAUGUAGAGCAUUGCUGUAAUCGGAUUACGUAGCGGAUCCCAAUAUGGGAUAUCUUUCUUUCGCUAUAUAUAUUGAAAAUACAUUUACGUUGCAAAAAAUAUUAUUUAUUUUAUGUUUUUAAUUCUUCAUUUAGUUUUUAUCUAUGCUACUCUAGAAGUUUGAAGAACAGGAUUAAAAUGUAUAAUACAGUAAUAUAGAUUGCAGUUACCCAAGAUGUGACUGCUGACCCAUAAGAAAACAUUGUUACUAACUAGCCACUGUAAAUGUAAACCUCACAAUUCUACUUCUGCCAGGGACACCAAAAGCCUUAUACCCCUCCCCCAAGAAAUUAGGCUGACAUAGUCUAAGUUUGAUGAAGCGUCAGCAACAGCUUUUUCAUUUUAUAAUUUUUGUUCUUUUUUGUACUGCUAGUAACCAUAUAAAUAAUACAUGUCAGCUGCUGGCUGAGAGCUGACUGACAGUUUAAUGAAUACUAUAUAAUAAAAUAUUAUACUAUAGGCACCAAAACAACUUUACCCUAAUAAAGAUGCAGCCUCACGGCUCAAUAGGAGUUAAAUCACUUUUCACAUUUAGGAGUCAAAUCACUUUGUUUAUAUCUAGUCCUUUAUACUAGCCAUAGUCACAUCACCCUGCAUGUAACUUGCACAGCCUCCCUACAUACUUCCUGUUAAGAUAAAUCCAAUGUUUAAACUUCCUUUAUUGCACUGUAUUUUUAAUUUAAAAUUGUUUAACUCCUGCUCUGUUAAUAUGUGCCUAGAAAAGCCAGGGAAUGUAUCAUAGUAUACAGUAUAAGGAGCAGAGAAUUUAGCCUGUACUUGCAAACUAAGUUCUCCCUCCUCCUUCUUGACAUGACGACCGGCUAAGGACCUCAGCCAGCACCAUGGGACACAGGACUGGUGAGGGAAACCUUUUGAUCUCCCUCUCCGGCUGCAUUAGGGUGUAUCUAGGCACACCCAGCACACCCCAUGCGCACACCUAUGUCCAUAAGCAUGUAUGUGUGCUGCGCUCAUGUCCCCUUUCCCUAGUGUGUCCAGUUUGAGCUGUAGCCAAAAGGCAUUUUUUAUUUAGCUAUCAAGCAUUCUGCGUACAAGAAAUUACCUUUUCAAGCAAGCAGUCAAGGUGCAUUAGUUACCGAAUGAAAAGGGCUCUAAUAUCUGAUUCAAAAUGGCUUAAGUCAGUAGAUUUAUCACAUAUUUGGUUAAUAACCUAACCCAACUCAAAAAAAGUGUUUUUCCCCCUUUGAUUAUCAUUCUGCACGAUUUUUAUUAUAUUUCUGAACUAUUGUUAUGUGCAUCAUUUCAGUCCAGUAUUCAUUAAUCAUGUGAUCUAAGGAAUCUUACUGUGCAUACAUAAAUCCAAUUAUAAAUUGUAAUGAUGGCUCUUCUCACCAUUUAACUUACUCAGUAUUCAUAGCAAAAGUGAUCAUAGGAACCGCACCCAAUCCCAGCAGCCACCGGUGCUCCGGAACUGGACCAGCAAUCCCAACACGUUAAGGCAGCAAGAAAGAUUCUCAGGCACUCAAAGUGUGAAAGACGCAGGCGGAUUUAUUGAAACAAAAAAGACAACAACGUUUAGUCCUACUGAGAGGUCUUUUUCAAGCUAACACCACAAAGCAAACAUAAGUGUAAUUAGUACAAAAUACACAGAUCAUAUAAGAUAUAAAUAUAUAAAUACAAUAUACAUAAUCAUACAAUAUAUAUCAUCUCAUCAAUAACUUACCCCUAUGUGCCAAAGAAGGAAGAGACAAAACAUAAUAAAGAAUUGUGCAGAAAAUAGGUUAAAACGCCUGUCCUGGCGUUUUUUUUAUAUUUUACAGGACCCCUGGUAGAAAUUUGGUGCUGGUUCUUUUAGACACCCUAACUUCUUUUUUUUAGCAUGGCACGAUAUUCGCGAUCUUUAUGGGACUACUCUGAUUUGGACACACUAUAUGCCUUCCCUGAUUGCACUAUAAGUAUUACAUUUAUAAAUAAUGAUAUUUAUAUUACACUUUAUAGAUACAUCACGAUACUUAAUAUACUGUUUAUGAUUAAUAUAUUGUAUUGUUCAAGGGUAUUGAAGUAAUUUACUUUUGCAGAGGAAAGAGCCAAGCUGUAUGAUCUCAGCAUAAAUUUAUAGUGGAGAAAGUCAGACGCACAGUGAGACUUUCUCCAACAGCGUUCAGCAGUUCUGGAGCAUUUUUGGAGGUAUCGAGUCAGCUUUGUGUGCUAAGGUUGUUGUUGGGGCGCCUGCGGCGUCUAAAUGUUGAAGGUGCCAUGAUGUCUAGUUGAGAGGAGAGGGUGGAAUUGUAGAUGGAGGUUGCAGAACUAGGACAGGUGAGGUUUGAGAUAGGUAAAAGAAGAGUUUGGAGAUUAGUGGAGAAAUGCUCUAAGCAAGACAUUGGAGGUUUCUCGGAGAUUGAUGUUCAGACGGUGGUGUCAAUUGGGUCAUAGGUAUGCCAAUGUCAAAAGUCAGCAGAUGGUGGUCAGAUAGAGGAAAAGGCAUAUUGGAGAGAUUAGAGGCUGUACAGAGGUUUAUUUCUUAGUACUUUUUUCUUUCUUUAUUUGUUAUCCAUUAUUAUUUACUUUUUAAAUUUAUUUUAUUAUUUUUUCCUUUUUUCUUUUUCCUAUAUUCUAUUAUUCUUUAUUAUUUCUUAACAUUAAAGGACCACUAUAGUGCCAGGAAAACAUACUCGUUUUCCUGGCACUAUAGUGCCCUGAGGGUGCCCCCACCCUCAGGGACCCCCUCCCGCCCGGCUCUUGAAGGGGGAAAGGGGUAAUAACUUACCUUUUUCCAGCGCUGGGCGGAGAGCUCUCCUCCUCCUCUCCGCCUCCGUUCCGCCCCGCCGGCUGAAUGCGCACGCGCGGCAAGAGCUGCGCGCGCAUUCAGCCGGUCUCAUAGGAAAGCAUUUACAAUGCUUUCCUAUGGACGCUGGCGUGCUCUCACUGUGAAAAUCACAGUGAGAAGCACGCAAGCGCCUCUAGUGGCUGUCAAUGAGACAGCCACUAGAGGAUUAGGGGGAAGGCUUAACCCAUUCAUAAUUAUAGCAGUUUCUCUGAAACUGCUAUAAUUAUGAAAAAAUGGGUUAACCCUAGAAGGACCUGGCACCCAGACCACUUCAUUAAGCUGAAGUGGUCUGGGUGCCUAGAGUGGUCCUUUAACUUGUCAUUUUUAUUUUUAUUUGUAGUUCUUUUUCUUUGUCUAUUUUUCUUACUUUUUGUUCUCAGUCUUCUGUUAUUUAGUGUGCUGCAGGUUUAUACUUGCUCAUAGUGAGCCCUAUUCGGCAGAUUGCCAGUGGACGCAGUGACUGUGUUUAGUUUAAUUUAAAAUCCCUUAGUUUGUUCGUGCGCCCAUGCGCACGUUCAGAGGUACCGUUCGUGUCUUGAAUCACACAAACUGUUAUUGUAUGAGCGGCAUUCCUGUUUUGCAUUCCAGUAGCCUUUCUGCGUUCCAAUUCUUUAUUAUGUUCUGUCUCUCCCUUGUUUGUAUUAAUAUAUUUAUAUCUUAUAUGAUCUGUGUACUUUGUACUAAUUAUUGAUCCUUGUUAUUGACCUUCACUUAAGUGAAUUAUUGUUUGACCUUUUUCUUGGCAUUGUUUGCCAUAUAUACACUUAUGUUUGCUUUGUGGUGUUAGCUUCAAAAACACCUCUCAGUAAGGUCGAAACGUUGCUGUCUUUUUUGUUUCAAUAAAUCUGCCUGCGGCUUUCACACUUUGAGUGCCUGGCAAUCUUUCUUGCUGCCUUACUCAGUAUUCAUGUCGUACAAAGUUUAUGUAAUGUUAGGUUAGCCAAGUUACAUACCAACUCAUAUUAAAGUCCAUUAAUUAAAUAAUGAUUUGUAAAAUAUCUCCAGUUCAACAUAGCUUUUUAACUUGGCUUUUAUGAUCUUAAUUUUGAAAAUAUGUCGAUAACACUGUGUUUAGUGAAUAAGCACCUUUAUUUUUGUAGUAAUAUCAUUAAAAAUUUCAUAUUAAACAAUGUUAUAAAAUUCACAAUUUGUCAGGUUAUUAAUUAAUAGGAAGUGCACAAAUUGUGUAUAUUUAAAGGACUAAGUUCAAAAGCCGGUUCUAAAAACCAGGUAUAACUGAAAAGCAGUCUUUCGAAGAAGCUAUUUUUUAAAAUAUAUUUUUUCAGCUAAAUUGUCAAAGUGUGAUUUAGAAAUAUGUAAAUGUUUUUCUAGCUAUUUAAAAAAAAAAAUUAGGGUUAUUUGUCUGUAAUCAUUUUUUUUUUUUUUUUAAAGAGGUUUUAUUUUUUUAAUGCAACAGUUUCAAUCUUGGUUUAACAUGUUGAAUUGUCAUUUGUAUUAUUUCCAAAAUCUUUCUUAUCUUUGAUUAACUAUUGUACAUUUAUUGUGUGAUGAAUUAUUUCCUUUCUGUUUUGUAUGUGCUUGAUACAUCUUCUAGAGCAAUGGUUCUCUAGACUUCAGCAAAAAUUAGUUUUGCAAAUUAACCAAUUCGUCCGAAUCAAAAUCCUUUUAAUCCACACUCGAGCAGACUGAUUCAUCCAGGAAAUAAUUGAUUUCCAGGACUAAUCUAUUAGCCGGAUUUGUCGAUUUAAAAGGAUUUUGAUUUGGACUAAUUGAUCAGUUUAUAGGUGAUACAAGUUACAAAUUCCCAACUUGUAAUUCCCAACUGUCUUGGUCAAGGCACACUUUAAAAGAUACUGGAAAGGUCAGGAUUUGUAAUGCUAAAUUUUCUAACCAGUUUUAUUUAAUUACCAAAUGUGAAUCCCAAAUUCAGGGCUAAGAAUUAUAUUAAAAAAUACAUAUUCCAAGAUAUGAUAAGUGCGAUAGUUAAGGUAAAUAAAUCAGUACAUUGUUUGAAUAUAGUAGAGAAUUUUUAUAAACUCAUAAACAGGUGGUAUUUGGUCUCAGAAAAACUGGCAAAAAUUUAUAAAGAUCAGAAUCAAGCCUGUUGGAGAUGUAAUGACGGGAAAGGAGAUUAUCUCCAUAUAUGGUGGCAAUGUAAAUUUUUAAAUUAUACAUGGAAGAAUAUCUAUCAACAAAUUUAUAAUACCUGUCAGAUAUAUAUACCUUUUACACCACAGAGUUUUUUGUUACAUCAGGGAUGGCCUCCUAUGCCUAUUGAAAAAAGUAUGUUAAUAAUUCAUAUUUUAAUGUCAGCUAAAACAGUCCUAGCUAGGCACUGGAAAAGCACAAAGUGUUAGAGUGGGCUGAAAUUAAAAAACAAAUAAUAUAACAAUGGAAAAUGGAAAUUGGAAUAAUUCAAGGAAACUCUGUGGGUCUGAGUAAAGCCAGUAGGUGGAAAAAUAUAGUGGACAAGUUUAUGGCUUGUAAUGAAGACUUAUAAUAUAGAAGGUCUGAGAUGCCCCCGCAGUGUGUGUCUGACUCCGGAGAGAAACUAGUGAUAUAAGCAUUUAUAUGGAAAGUAAAGGCACAAACGGUUAAUAUAAUGCUGGUUCCUUGGGAGUGUAUAUGUUUUUUAGUGUAAAUGUAGUGUGGUGAUACCUCAAUUUUGCUAUUUAUGGAAUGUAUAGAUACUGUAACCCUAUAGUGGCUUAUUUUAGCUUUGUAUGGAUUUUUAGGUGCAGUUUUUGGCAGUUGUAGUGUCUACCUAACAAGUCUCCUUAAAGGGACACUCAAGUCUAGAGAUGGCCCAGACUUUCUUACAGGUGGUUUACCUGGAGAAUACAUUGAUAUUUCUCUUAUUUAAGGUUUUUGUUAUAAAGAUAAUGUGUACAAUAUAUACAAAACCAAUUUUUGUCUGUUAUUGAACGUUAAUGCAAUUUUAAUUCUGAAAAUGUUUAUAUGAAAAACCAGUAAAUUAAAAGAGAUGCAGCUAUGCAUUUAAAUGUCCUACAUUUACUGUAAACGCUUUUGCACUGAGUAUUACCCAGGCCAAGAAGUGACUCAAUCCAAUCAGGAGGCUCACUCUAAUGUUCUGCUGAGCACAUUGCAUAGGCAAUACCUUAUUGGCACAGCAACCAUUAGUUUACUUGUAAUUUAUUGCAUGGCUAACUUAGAAAACUGAAUUACAAAUCCCAGAAAAAAUGUUGACAUCAUGCAAACUAAAGUGGCAGAAAGGAUGGGCAUUUGUAGCAAAACUAAUUAUUCAACUAAUUGUAAUAAAACAAAAUACUAAGAAAGAUAAUGUUAAAAAAAACAAGCAUAAUUAAUUAAAACCUGACCUGUACAUGACACUUAAAAUGUGUGGGCGUCUGGACUGCCCUUUUAGUAGUUGUGAAAAUAUACUUAAUUUAAUUUACUUACAAAUAGGAUGAUUGGCAGUAUUUACAACAUAUAAUAGAUAAUCAAGAAAACAAUUCCACUGCUAUCUUUGAAAAAUGUUUAUCAGUAUUCGAUGGAUAUUAAAUUUGGUCCAUUGGACCUGGUGGCAUUUGGAGGCAGGUGGCAUUUUGCUGCCAUCUCUGCAAUGUAUUACCCAUCCAGUGCUUCAUUCACUAAGUGGCCGUAGCAGCAGACUUUUUUCCUGCUCGAUUUAAAGGGACACUAUAAUCACCAGAACCACUACAGCUUAUAGUUCUGGCGUCUAUAGCCUGUCCCUAAAGGCUCAGCAAUGUAAACACUGCUACCUAGUAACACCUCUAAGUGCAGUCACUCAGACGGCUACUAGAGAUGCUUCCUAUUUCAGUGCUGCACUGUGUGCCAGACUUACGUUCUGAACAUUACCCUUAGAGAUACAUCAAUUCAAUGCAUCUCUUUGAGGAGAUACUGAUUCGUGUAGUGUGACAUUUUAUCGUGCAUGCACAAUUUCCUAUAAAAAAGCAUUUGAUUGGCUGAGAUCAUCAAGGUAGAUGUUCUCAACCAUGGAGCCACAGUGAGACCGGCUCGACGAUGGAGAAAAGGUAAGUAAAUCUACUUUUUAUCUCCAAUCUAAGGGAAUGGCAGGUACCUACAUAGGUAGUCCAACACUAUAGUGUUAGGAAUACAUGUUUGUGUUCCUUUAAAGUAACAUAAUAAAUUAGCGUAAGAUGUGAUAGCCACAUACAACACACAAAUUUGUUAUUUUAUGAAGAAUAUUUCACACUGUUCGAAGCUUGUUUUCUUUUCUUGUAUUUCAAAACUAUUGAUCACAUGACCCUCUAGCUGUUGUGGAUCAAAGCUCCCAUCAUGUUAACAUAGUCCACAAUUGCAGGAGUACUCCAGAACAUCUACUGCUUCACUACGAUUAUCAUGAGUCCUAUGGACUGAGUUAAACUAUUUCACCUUUCACAAAAUAUUUUUGGCCAGAUUUUAAAAGAUUCGAGAAUUUCUAUUAUAUUUACAAAUUUGUAAAUAAUAUGCAUUUUUAGGUAACUAGAAAUUCUUUCUAUUAACAACAGCCGAUAGGUGGUAACACCUACUAUAUAAAGACAUUCAUUUUUAAACUUGUCAAGAUUUUUUAUUACUUGCUGACCAGCAAUAAUAUCUGAUUGCAAAGAUACAGACCAGUUUCAAAUUAACUGCUUGCUGGUAAAGCACAGAAACACAAGCUGCAUAAGUUGUCACCAUAACAACUCCACCGUACCAAUUUAAAAGGCUCACCCUGAGCAUGUGUACGUCACUCAUAUGAUUGGCCUUAGUAGGACAUAGGACAGUGUAUAGUAUGUAUUAUUGUGAUUUUGUGCUAUUCCAGAUACAGUAAGAGAAAAAAGUAUUUGAUCCUCUGCUGAUUUUGAACUUUUGCCCACUGACAAGAAAAUGAUCAGUCUAUAAUUGUAAUGGUAGGUGUAUUUUAACCAAUGAGAGACAGAAUAAUAAAACAAACAAACAAAAAUCCACAAAAACGCAUGUCAAAAAAGUUAUAAAUUGAUUUGCAUGUCAAUGAGUGAAAUACCGUAUAUACUCGAGUAUAAGCCGACCCGAAUAUAAGCCAAGGCCCCUAAUUUUACCACAAAAAACUGGGAAAACUUAUUGACUCGAGUAUAAGCCUAGGGUGGGAAAUGCAGCAGCUACUGGUAAAUUUCUACAUUAAAUUAGAUCCCAAUAAAAUUACAUUAAUUGAAUAUUUAUUUACAGUGUGUGUAUAGAAUGAAUGCAGAGUGUGUGUUUGUGUGUGUGUAUAUAUAAUGAAUGCAGUGUGUGUGUUUGUGCAGUGUGUGUAAACUGGAUGAGGGGAGGGCAUUUUUAUUUUAAUUUUUUUAUUUUAUUAUAUUAUUUUAAUAUUAUUAUUAUAUUAUUAUUAUAAUAUUAUAUUAUUUUAAUAAUAUUAUUAUUUUAAUAUUUGCAUUAUUUUUUUUAAAUGUUUUUUGUCCCCCCUCCCUGCUUGUUGCCUGGUCAGGGAGGGAGGACAAAAUAAAAAAAAUAAAAAAAUAAUGCAAAUAUUAUAAUAAUAAUAUAAUAAUAAAAUAUUAUUAAAAUAAUAUAUUAAAAUAAUAAUAUUAUUUUAUUAUUAUAUUAUUAUUUUAAUAUUUGCAUUAUUUUUUUUUAAAUGUUUUUUGUCCCCCCCUCCCUGCUUGUUGCCUGGCUCAAAAAAUGUGCAGAAAAACUCGGCUUAUACUCGAGUAUAUACGGUAAGUAUUUGACCCCUUCGACAUAGUACUUGGUGGCAAAACCCUUGUUGGCAAUCACAGAGGUGAGACGUUUCUUGUAGUUGGCCACCAGGUUUGCACACGUCUCAGGAGGGAUUUUGUCCCACUCUUCUUUGCAUAUCAUCUCCAAAUCAUUAAGGUUUCGAGCAGAUGUUUGGCAACUUGAACCUUCAGCUCCCUCCACAGAUUUUAUAUGGGAUUAAGGUCUGGAGACUGGCUAGGCCACUCCAGGACCUUAAUGUGCUUCUUCUUGAGCCAUUCCAUUGUUGCCUUGGCUGUGUGUUUUGGGUCAUUGUCAUGCUGGAAUACCCAUCCAUGACCCAUUGCCCUGGCUGAAAGCCACUCAAGGUACAUGGCCCCAUCCAUCGUCUCUUUGAUGCAGUGCAAUUGUCCUAUCCCCUUAGCAGAAAAAUACCCCCAAAGUUUCCACCUCCAUGUUAGAUGGUGGGGGAUGGUGUUCUUGGGGUCAUAGGCAGCAUUCCUCCUCCUCCAAACACAGCGAGUUGAGUUAAUGCCAAAGAGCUCAAUUUUAGUCUCAUCUGACCACAACACAUUCACCCAGUUCUCCUUUUAAUCAUUCAGAUGUUCAUUGGCAAAUUUCAGACGGGCCUGUUCAUGUGCUUUCUUGAGCAGGGGGACCUUGCACUGCACUGCAGGAUUUCAGUCCUUGACGGCAUAGUGUGUUACCAAUUGUUUUCUUUGUGACUAUGGUCCCAGCUGCCUUGAGAUCAUUAACAAGAUUGUAGUUCUGGGCUGAUUCCUCACCAUUCUCAUGAUCAUUGAAACUCCACGAGGUGAAAUCUUGCAUGGAGCACCAGACCGAGGGAAUCUGACAGUUAUUUUGUUUUUCUUCCAUUUGCGAAUAAUGGCACUAACUGUCGUUAUCUUGGUCUUGUAGCCCAUUUCAGCCUUGUAUAGGUCUACAAUCUUGUCCCUGACAUCCUUGGACAGCUCUUUGGUCUUGGCCAUGGUGCAGAGUUUGGAAUCUGAUUGACAGUUGUCUUUUAUACAGGUAACGAGCUGAGAUUAGGAGCACUCCCUUUAAGACACAUGGGAGCCUGAAAUCUUGCUGAUUGAUAUGGGAUCAAAUACUUGUUUCACUUAUUGACAUGCAAAUCAAUUUCUUAAUUUUUUGACAUGGGUUUUUACGUAUUUUUUUUUUGUUUUUGUUAUUCUGUCGCUCACUGUGAAAAUAUACGGACCAUUAAAAUUAUAGACUGAUCAUUUCUUUGUCAGUGGACAAACGUUCAAAAUCAGCAGGGGAUCAAAUACCUUUUCCCUCACUGUAUAUAUCAACGUAAUUUUUUAUUUUUUAGAUUUAUUUCUGAUAUGCAAAUUGUUCAUUUAAAUGAUAAAUGCAUUUUACUUAUAGGAAGAAUAAUUUUAUGUUUUAUAUUACGUUUCUGGCCUCACUUCAAUUUUAUUGAUUUUAAAGAUGAGCUAACAUGCUUUGUUAUAAGCUUUGAUACGUGCUUUAUGGUUUCAAUGUGAUGCAAUAUAGUUAACAUGUUUUUUAUAUAGGCACUAUAGCGAUUUAGCUAUUGUUUACAUCUUUGCACCAUAAAAGAGGUCUCUGUUAAGUUUUGAUGAUUUGGGACAGCCAUUAAACAGUAGCGUCAAGACUGGAAACCAGUCACUAAGUAGCGAUUAGACACUCCCACAGAGAAGAAUGGGAGUCAUUAGUUGCUAGUUAGAAACUGCUUUUCAGUAGCGGCAGCUGAUAGCUCCCCGUCACUGCUUGUAAAAUUAAGCACCUGGUAAACACUACUUGCUAACUGUAGCAACAGGCACUUUAGCAAGUAGCAGCUGGCCAGGAAAGUAGCAACAAGAUUCACCUGAGUUGGUCUAGCAUCACCUGCCAUAACCUUGUACUGGAUCCUAACCUGGUGUAAGUGUGAGGACUACCUCUGUCACACUAAUAGUAUGUGUUUGUGGAAUGUAAACUGUAAAUAUACAAAGAGAAGUAAAAGGAAAGGUACUAAUUUUCUACCAAUUUACUAAUCUUUACUAAGUACUCUGCUAACAAACACAUAAAACAUAACCCAUUUUUCUGGCUGAAGAAACAUAAUGAAGUCUUUAAUUGCCACUUACAUGGUGCUCAUAAAGUAAAAGUAAAGAAAGUUUUGGGUGAAGAAUUUUUUUUUAUUUGAGUUGAUUCUAAUAAAUGGAUGUACCGUUAAAGUUAUUUAUUUUUAUUUUUUUUCUGUUGCACUCCUUCCCCUCCUCCUUCACUAUUUCUUUUAAGCAGUCACUAUUAACUACCACCACUUAGCUGCCAGUCGUUCCGUGUCUCUUGAUGAUGAUGAGGAAGAAGAAGAUAGGCUUCACGCCAUGUUAUCCAUGAUCUCCUCUCGGAACCUCACAGCUCCUAAAACGAUGAAAGGUUUUUAUCCAACUUCCCUCUUAAACCUCCCUGCGUCUUGCUGUAUAGAGACAACAUGCCCAGUCAACAGAUCAAAAAACAACUGUGGUGGCAUUAUUGGGGCAUUAUAAGACGCACCUAAGUCUGAUUGUGAUAAUACUGGAUAGCACCAUUGGUUUAUUCUGCUCAGCUAGAGUGGGGUGUACUGACUAUCUGAACAAUAAGAUUUUAUUAGGAAUAGCAUUAUAAACAUCUUUCUGAAACAAGUAAUUAAGGCUUAGUUUUUGCAAACAUUUUUAUAUAAUUUUGGUAUAAGGGCCCAACGAGCCAGGUAGCCAAGCCUACUGGAAAAUAUUUUCCCCCUAAACUUUUUGGAGCAAUAAAAAUAUUUUUUUACAUGCACAAUUUCCUUGGCUCAUAAAAGAAAGCAUUUUGUGUUCUGUUCUAAAUAUUUUUUUAUAUUUCUUUUUUGAAAUUUUUAAAAACAAUAUUAGAUAUUUUACAACAUGGAAAUCUGCAGUUUGCUAUAGGAAUACACAAACCACAACAUACAUUUUUUAUUUUUGUUUGUUUGUUUCCAUUUUCAUUGGUGUCACAUUUUUAUAACAAAUAUAUAUCCACUAAUGAUAUUGCCAGCUAUUUCUUAUGCUUAAGUUUACUGCCCUUUAGUGUAAUAUGGCUGUUGCUGCACAAUCUGUGCUUGAUACAAAAGCAAUUCCUCUGACAGAAUAGUAUUUCCAGUUCACAAAUUUAGUUUAAUUGCUUUGAGCCAGUUUAAUCCCGAAGUUUGUUAAAUAUUCUCUUCGGCAUCCAUCUACAAUAUCUCUAUCAACUUUAAUCAUUAGCUAUUUAUAUGUCAAUUCAUUAAACUUAAAGAACUAUACCGUUUGUCAAACAUGGAAUGUCAUUUACCUGCCAAAGUUCAUGGGCUAAUUGCUAGUUAAAUUAUAGCUCACUUCUUGUAACUGUUGAUAGACCUUAAAGCACUGAAAUAUUUUAGAAAAUCCAUUUAGGUUACUUAACGUGUUCAUUAAAAAUCUGGGUAACAAUGGUGUGUCUAAUUACUUUAGACUUUUCUGGCAUAAUUGUUCUUUAUUAUAAUUUAAUAUACACCAAAAGGUCAAUUAAAGGCAAGUUUUGAUGGACAGAUGUAGGGGGUCACCAUUAUUAAAAAGAGUAUAAUUUGGGUCAAACCGGUGGCAACAUGACAAAACUAGAGCAUAUUUGGUAAUGGUUGGAAACUGGCUACCAAACCAAAGGAUUGCCAUGAUUUGAUAGGAAUUUAUGAAUUUAUAUAGCACUUUUCACACAAGUUUUAAGUUUAUUUUACCAGGUUAUUGUACUACUGGUUUGUCCAUAUAAUGGACAUAGUUAACCCCGUGAUUUAUUUAUCUCAAAUGAAUAAUGUAUCAAUGUAUAAAAGUCAGUAGUCAGAUAAGAUAGUGAUUUAACUCAGUGGCUUGUGAAAUAGCUGUCUGUAUGAUUAGUCUUUUAGGAACAAUAAAAUCAUAGGGAUUUUGACGUGUAAUAAAGUAUUUGCUAAUCCUGAUCAUUAAAUGGUUAACAUGGCUAUGUGAUCCAAAACCUAACAUAGCAUUAAAUAGCUUUUCAUCAUAAACUACAUGGCUAAAUAUAUGUGGACAGACCGUUAUUAUUCACCAUUUCUGCACAUUUAUUGCUGAGAUGAGUCUAAAAUCAGCACAAGAACAUCAGCACAUCUGAUUGACAUGGGUUCCUCUGGUCAUGCAGUCAUGUACACGGCUACGAUUGCCAUUCACAGUGACAAGCAUCAAGUACGAUGAUGUGCAUCUUGCUAUCAUUGGACUCUGGAUCCAUGAAUCAUGAGUGAUAAAUCAUGUCCACCAUCUGCCAAUCAAUGGAUAACUCUGAGUUUGGAGUAUGUCAGAGAAACACUACCUGCCUGACUGUAAGUCUGGAAAUACACCUGUACACUGCAUUCAGUACAGAUUAGUCACUAUAUAUGCUAACUGACCGUACAAGGUGCCGGUCUUCUUUCCCCUAAACAUUCUUUACUGCCAGAUUAUUUUUAUGAUCUUAAAAAUGAUCUUAAUAGUCAUAUCGUAUAGUCAGUACAUAAUGCUUGCUUUGAUUAUUCACCAAGUCUCUCCAUCUACUAACAUAUGUAGCCUGCAGGAGUUUAACAUCAAAAAGGUGGAAUACUCAGAUUUACUACACUUCAUUUAUUACUCAUAAAAUUGUGCUGUCAAUCUGCAUGCCACAUUGAAUUCUUAUACCGUUUGUUAUUACUGAGCUUGUCGAUGUUGUUGUGGCAUUGUCAGCUCAUCUGUUAUUCUUUGCACAGUAAAAAUAAAGAAUAUUAAAAAAAAUGAUCUUAAAAAUAUGGCACUAUAUAAAUAUCAUAAUAAUAAUAAGUUUUCAUUUUAUGGACAGCAAUGGAUCACUUUUUCAGAAUGAAAUGCAAUCUUUAGAUAUAAAACAUUGCAUUCUUACUAACCAAACUGAUGUUUUAUACUAGUGUUAUAUAAUUAAUAAAUAACUAAUGCAGUCUCGAGGACAGAGGACCUUCAUCAAGCUCAAGUUAGCAGUGAAAAUCUUGCAUUUUAAUAAUAAAAAUAUAAAAGUGUCCCUGAGACAUACUGCUAUACACACAUUUCAGUUUUCUGUGUAAUUUCUUUGGAAUUGUGAGCCCAAUUUCCUGUAACAGUACAAUUCUUGUUAGUUCAAAUAUAAAAAAAAAUCUAAUUAAAAAAAAAUCAUCUAGUUACAAUAUCUUAUGCAUUUAGAAAAAUAAAUGAAUACAUUUAAUAUAGCAUAAAAUAAUGUCAGGAUUGAAUUACAACCUUUUUUAACCUAUUCUAAAAGGUAAAUAUUAAAAUUAAAUAUAUAUAUUUACUUCUGAAUAUCCAUGUUUGCUGAAGAUCCCCAGGAUCUAUGGCCUUAGUUUAUUGAGCUGUAUGGCUGCACCCGUGUUUGUGCACAAACCAACUAGCUAAAUUUCAUUUAUUUAUUAUUUCUCAAUGGUUAACCAAAGGAAUUGUUCAUGUGAAGGACUUAUAAAAGCAGAGUAAAAUCUUUCUCUGAGCUCUAUACUUGACAUACCCUAGGUAAAGUAGAACAAAUAUUUUGAAAAUUAUACAAAUUAUAUAUGGUCUCUACACACACAAAUCAUUUUGCCUUCAUACAAAUCAGAAAAGCCCCUGUAGACAACUAGGCACCAUUCUACACAUCUGGUAGACCUGCAAUGGACUUCAGUCAAUGUGUAGCAAGGAGUUUGUAAAUCUUACUGCUACAGCUUACUUUGAGAUUCCAGAUUUCUCUAUGCUUCCAGUUUUUCAGUAACUCUUUCUGGAAUACUGUUUCCUGAUUUUCAUCAUUGCAGUUCCCCUUUGCACAAAUCAAGGCUCUUAUAUACGGUUUACUAAAUGAUGUGACCAGCAAUUGGCCUUGAUAUCAACCCUAUUGAAUUUAUCCAUGUUGAGAUUACAGGUGGUCCUCGUUUUGCGACCUACCAGUUUUACGAUGGCUUGCACUUAUGACCAGCUCUCUCGCAAGGGUGGUAAGUGUGAGCAGUCAAUUGAAUUAGAGGGAUUCCCUGAUCAGCUGCGUUCAUCUAUGUUCGGGGACAUUUCCCCGAACAUAGAUGAACGCAACAGAGCAGGGAAUCCCUCUAAUCUUUGUUCAGGCAAAUUUCCCCGAGCAUAGAUUAGAGGGAUUCCCUGCUCUUGUGCGUUCGUCUAUGUUCGGGGAAAUGUCCCUGAACACAGACAUGAGCACCAGAGCAGGGGAUCCCUCUAAUCUAUGCUCGGGGAAAUUUGCCCGAACAUAGAUUAGAGGGAUUCUCUGCUUUAGUGUGUUCGUCUAUGUUCAAAGAAAUUUCCCCGAACAUAGACAAGUGCACCAGAGCAGGCAAUCCCUUAACGCCUCACUUACCGACCAAUUCGUUCGGUAAGUGAGGAGUACCUGUCAUUAAAAAUAAAUCCCAGCAGCAAUGUUUCAAUAUAUAUAGUUGACCUUUUACUGAAUGGGAGAGUUGGGGAUGCCAGCUCUAUAAUAAUGAUCAUGCUUUUGGAUUGAGCUGUUAAACAUGCAGAUGUCCACAUACAUUUUGCCAUGUGGGGUAUAAAGCAGUCACACUAACCUACUAGAAAGAAGAACUUAUGAACUUAAGUAAUACAUGCAAAUUAUAAUUUAAAAAGCCUACUAUAUAGAAUUGAAAAAAGAAGCAUUUAAAACUUUGAAGUUUAAUUCAAAAGCUUAAGUACACCAGUGGUCAUAACCUCUUCCCUUUUCUUUCUCAAUGCAUAGCUACUUAAUUUUGUAUCCGAAACACAAAUCAGUGUUUCCUAAGAGAGACUGUGAAUUUCCCCUUGAUAUAUUCAAUUUCUGAUUUUAUGCUUGUUUUUUUUAUCUAACUGAUAAUCUUUGUGUUACAAGUAUCUUGAAUCCUGACCCUUCAGUACACACACAUCUUGUGAACAUCUGAGUCUACACAAAUUAGACAUGACCUACAGCUACUGUGAUAGCUCAAAUGGUUAGAGUAGCAAAUGUAGUGUCUGUUCGAGCUUUAGCAUCACGGCCUUGAUUUUUGAGAAUGUCAUCUAAUGCUUUUGAGGUCGGUAAAACAAGAGCAAUGAGGAUCAGAUGUUGAUUAAGUAAAACCUCAAAGUGCACAAUAAAGUCUUCUGAGUUUCCAUAGAUAUGUGUGAAAAAAAAUAAGUUGUAUUAUACACAUACAUACCUAGGGUUUUAUUUUCCAUCCCAGUGGAAAUUAAAGGUAUCCUAUUUAUUUAGGGGAUUUAAAAUGUUUUCCUUAAUAAUAAAACAAAACUAUUAUGUUAGUGUAAAUAUAGUGUAUUUUUGGAACAUAUGACUGAAUUUAGAUACUUUUUAAGGACAAGUAAAAGAAUCAGUGGGAUUGCAAUAUUUAAGUAAAAAUUAAAACACGUUUUUACAUUGUCAUAGGGAGGUAAUUUUAACAUUGAAAAACAAUAUCCAUUUCAACCUUGAAACUAAUCUGGUUGCGUAAAUUGGAAAUUCGUCAAAUAUUGUUUUUGUGGGAAUACAGUUAUGCAAGCAAGUAUAAUAAGGGAAUAUUAGUCCUAUUUUAUCCAGCAAGCAGACUAAACCAAAAUGUGCUCAUCUUACAAUCACUCCAUCCCAUAUUUUUGUGAUUGAACUCCCAUUUUCUGUAGUUUUUUUAAAUUAUCCUAAAGAUUACCGUAAGGAGCAAAACAUCACUUCUGUUCCAUAUAAGACUACAUGUUAACACAUUUUUAAUGUUGGCUUUGGUCACUGAAGAUGAAUUAAUAAUUCAUAAUUUGUACACUGUGCCCUGCCUCCCGAUAAUGACAUCACGGUUGUUUCCAGGGUUUGCUUGCCCCUGUCUGCUGUUAUUUGCAACAUGCCCGACCUUUGCAUGUGGCCAAUCUUGCAGCUAUCCAAAAUAAUGAUGAAUGGAACAAAAUAAUGAAGAUGCUGUUCACUUAUAAUUCUUCAACGACUCCAGCACCUUCCAUCUGGAUCUUUAGGUUCUGUGGGGUUCUGAUUUCCAUUUUGUAAUUUUAUUGUUCUUAUUUAUUUUAUUUUUUUCCUUGUGGUUUUUAUUUUUUUAUUACAUUUUAUUUGGGCCCAUGAAAACUUUUAAAACAUUUACCAACUCCAAAGAAUUGUAGAACGUGGAAGGGAAAUUCCUUGUUUAAUAUACACAUAUUAUAUAACUUUUGCAAUAAUAUGAUGCAAUAAAAUUUUGGCCAUCCAGCUUCCUCCCUGAAGAAUUAAGGUGAAAAGCAUUUUUUCAUUAACAUUUGGCUUUCCUUGCAUUUUUGUUUAUUUUUUUAUUUUUUUGUAAUGCAAAUCUGUUAGCAUGUUUUUAUAUUGCUGUUAAUUUUUGCCUGCCAUACUUAAUCCCUUCCCUUCUGACAUUUGCAUUUAAAGAGCAAUACAAAUGAUAACCCCCUUCCCUAGGGGUCAUACUUCUAUAUACUGACCAGAGUGUAGGAUGUUUUGCUCAUCUGGAAAACUGAGGUCUUUAAAUUCCUUUUGGAUUCCAUAGUUCCAUAGUAUCUAUCUCUGGCCUCAAUUGUUUGACAAUAUUUUUAGACUAUUUAAUAUUUUUGGAUACAUUUCUAAGUGAUAUAAUAAUAUGAAAAAUAGUUUAAUUUUCUAGUAUUUUGAUAAUUUAUUAUAUAUAGAUUUUUUUAUACAUUAUAUAUUUUUGAUAUUUUAAUAUAUUGAAAAAAUAGUUUUAAACGUUGAUCCAAAAAUAUUAAAUAAUUUGAAUAUCUUAUCCAAAAAAUAUUCAGUCGAAGCCUUUGUUGGCUGGCUGACAUCAUGUGAGUUGUAGUUCAAUAAGGCACCUCAGUCUCCCAUCCCAGGAGCAUAAUUCUUAUUGAAGUAAUAAAACAAUAAUACUGUGUUAGUAACAACAUUAUACUUUUAUUUUGUAUUUAAACAUGCCUUUUAAGGGAACCGGGUAUAUUUGGUGCUCCCUCCAUUAUUGCUUUUAGUGUGGUGGUUGGUGCUUGUUACCAAAUUUAAUUUUCUCAUUGCAUCUGGUACUUGGGUUGAAGUGCAUGAAUCAAAUAAGAAUUCCUACAUUGCACAUGUUUGUUGCAUUUUUUCAUGCACGUAAAUUCUGCUUUAAAAAAAUAACAAACAAUUAAAUUAUUUUCCUUCUAAUGUGAAGCUUUUCACAGAAAGGAGCCUACAUCAAUUCAGAGCUGAAAGGCUGAAAUAAUAUCGAAUCCUCUGCUCUGAAGUGGUCAAGCGCUGUUCUUUCUGACGUACAUUUCAAGCGUUUAAAAUACUUAAUUCAUGUCAUGGGAGAGCUGAAAGGCCGAAUUUUACUAAAAUCUCGUUUUAAUUGAAUGUGUAAUCUGUGCCAGAAGCUGUUAAUUUAAAGUUCUAUUGACUUUUGAGAUACUUACUUUAUAGUUUCAUUUGUAAUUGCACUGUACAUUUUUUUUUGUGUAUAUAGGAAGGGUAAAUGAAUGUUCUUAUUUUUCCAAUAACAGGUACUUUAGCAUUAUGCAUCUUUUACAUUUAAAAAAAAAAUAGAUUUGAAGGUUGGAGUUACAGCUAGGGUUUCCUUUAAUCAUAUGACAAUACUAGUACAUUUAUGUUCUAGUCUGCCUAAGAUUUAUACCACUUUGCAGCUAAUGCUGUAUAUUCUGCCCUUCUCCCAAUAGUGAUAUACAUGCGCAAGGGAGUUCGAAACAGAAUUCCACUGUUUCUAUCUCCUCCGCUCCUCUACCAUAACAUCGGUAUCGGGAGAUGGCUAAAUUGAAGUGUCAGGAGCUGCAAAUAGGAGCUGCUUCCUAGGAGUGCAACUAACACUAAUCUUAGGAUAUGUAUAAUUUCACUAUUUUAAAGUUAGGCCAGUGUUAGGUCUAAAGUCAUUCUAAAUUUAAGGCAGUAGCAGGACCUGGUCUACCUGAAUUUUGUGGGAAUUACACUCCCAAGUAACAGUUGCUGUUUGGGGAUGUUGCCUUCAGCCCCUUUCCUAGUAAAGGUAUGCUUGUAAUGGAAGCUGGAAAACUGACUUGCACCCUCUGACUUUUCAGUCACUCUUGAGGCAUAAUAUUAUCAGGACUGAAUUACAGCGGAAUCUGUUGUCUAGGAGUGUCACCAAUCAGAACGAGAUUUGAAAACAUGGAAAUAUGAUCUGACCUUGCAUUCGCACGCACACACGCACACACACGCAUACACAUGUAGAAAAUAUGGCCUAUUGCAUUUAAAACUGUGUCCAUUGGCCUUUACAUUUCUGUAGUAUAGGUAUUAAGUAGACUGAUUUAUUCUGCUGCAUGGGCAUCCAUUAAUAUCUGUAGAAUGUAGUUCACCUCAUGACUGAUUCCACUAAUGCUGGAAUUGUUGCCAUGUUAUAUAUGUUACAUAUGUGAGUUGUCACAGACAAAGCUGUAUGAUGCUCUGCUGGUAGGGAGUGUGCGGGCAGGAAAGGUUCAAAGUCUAAGGCUUGUGGCUGCUUUAUCCCUGUUUGCUACCAGAGCAUAUAAUCUCCAAAUUAACCCCAGAUACUACUUACAUCAUUCCAGGUUAUCAGCAAUUACUGCUUUCACCAAGACUCUCCACUGCUUGUCUUGGGGUAUCGUCCAUUGGGUAUUUUAGAUUACCCCUAAUCAAGUUAUAUCAACCUAAAGCAAAUUAAUAGUAUCUACAGGGUGUGGCAAAUUAGUGCAAUAAAUAAAUAAGAAAGAAAGAAAUAAGAAAGCAUGGGAAAUAACACUCAGCAUUAUUGUCCAGAUAAUGGAUUUUAUUUAUAGUAACUACUAAUAUAUCUAUCAAACUUGAAUGGUAAGUCUAAACCUUGAGAUAUUAAGAGAAUGCUGGGUUAUAUCUUCUCUGAUGACAUCACCUAGCAAAUGGGCCCCAGCAGGAGAGUACUUUGACAUUUUAAAACAGGACACAGCUAUUUAACUCCAAGGCCUGGUCAUUCAAUUUGUAGCGUUAAUAUAGCAGUCUCAACAGCUUAACGGCUCCCUAUCUGAAGGGGACAUUGCCAUCUUCAUAUUUUAUGGAUCAUAUAGUCCCUAUAAAGCCAUUAGAAUUUAUUUAAACUGCUAAAACUAUACAAUAUAUUAAUAUUUACUUCACAUUUAGGCCAGCUUACUUAACAAUUAAGCCUGCUUUAUUGUGCAUGUGUAUAAAAUCAGUGAACCAUUGAAACUGUAUAAGUUUUGUAUCAUAGACUUUUUAUAUUUUUGUCCAUCAGGAAUCUUUAUUUAUCAGUUAGAAAUGUAUUUUAAAAUUUGAGUUUCUCUCUCACUUUUUGCACACCAAAUUGUAAUGACGUUAUCAGGCUUGUAUUACGUAUUUGGGGAACUAUUUUAUCAAAAUUUUCACAUAAGCCUUAGCAGAGCAAUUUUUGAUAGUCUCCAUGUUUGUUCACAGUGUCCAGAAGGGAGUAGAGGACUUUUGUUUCUAAUAGACUUUCUUUGUAGGGACUCAUGAAUUGGGUUUAUCUGUCACCCAAAAAGACGUUUCAUUACAGUAUUUGUAAAUGAUGUUAUGCCGUGCCUUAUGAAAGUUACAGAGAAAUAAUUUAAUUUUGUCAACUGACUAUUCAUCUCUUUGUCAUGUUCAUCUUCACUUUGAGAUUCUGCUUCUUAUCCCACUUAAGAACGAAAUCUCUCCUCCUUCAUACAGAAAGAGCCUUUCAAGUAUGGAGUUUUGUCAUUUGUCAUUAUGUCCCGGUGCCAUACUGUAGAUUUGAAAGGACCUUUUCUAUGUUGUAGGGUUAAUCUGUACAUUAUUAACAGGUGUGUUAAAGAUGCUUGUUGGUGAACACCGAAGGAGUUGUCUUGAUGACGAGCUUAUGAAGAAUGGAUACAGUAUCAGUAAUAUUGAAAUUAUAAAUUAAGAUAUGAACUCUAAAUAACAAUGGUGUGAGAGAACACUCACUUUUAUUUUUUAUAAGGGUGCAAUCACUCCAGUUCCUCCAUCCUGGAUAAGUAUCAAAGAAUAAACAAUAAAGAUGUCCAGCACUCCUUCUUAUGAAAAGAUGAUAUCCCUUUAUUGGCAAAACAGAAACGUUUCUACUGUGUGUGUUUGCAUGAGAAAGACACAGUCGAAACGUUGCUGUUGUGUAUUCUUAAAGACAGGCAGAAUGUAUGCUAACACUGGCUGAAAUAACAAACAGAGGCGUAUUUUCCUUUUACAAGGGUUUUUAUGAACACAGAGUGAACACAGAAUGAAGCAACACAAGAGCUUGUUUCAUAAAGUGAUUGAUUGAUAUGUCUCUCCAGAAUCCAGCGAUGUGAUAGAGAUGCAAGGUUUCGGUGCUAAUCUUUUACCCUGGCAGCUUAAUGAAUUCUGCAGCCGGGGAUCUUCCUGUCUCUCCUGCUCCACAGGCAGCUCACCGUAUGAUAUUCCCACCAGCUGCGGCUGUGUCCAUGACAGGUGAGUCUUAUUUGUUUGGUCUCUGAUAUAUGUGGCAGUUAUAAGACAAUAGCAGAUCCAAAUACUUUGCACUAUAUCCCAUCGGAGUGAAUACGGAUGUACAGAGUGUGAUGGUGGGAUUUUUUCAGGAGGUGUAGUGAGUAUUUAUGGGAAGAAUUAUGCUUUCCAUUAAGAUAUUUAUGUAAUAGACCUAAUGACAUUUAUGUUUUCUGAUAGUGUUAAUUUCUGUUCUGCUGAAUCAUAAAACUAACAGCCUUGUACAUUGUAAGAAACGGUUGAUCUCCCGGCCUCAAAGUCUUGUCGGGCCUGACACACUCUUCCCUUCACCCUCCGGACCGGUGGGGGUUUUCCCGGUCCACCACAACAUGUAGUUUUGCACCUGAACAUGCUAGGACGUCACAUAGGUAGUUUUGGCACAUUACCACCUUUGUUCUCUCCUAUUCUACGAAGACACAUCCCCUACACACUCCUAUUGUAAGAAGUCUACACCUAGCAAUGCCCAAUAGAUAAGUUGUGGAUGGAUGAUUUGUUACAUGCUUGCACCAUGUUGCUUGCACAAACUCUCCAUGCUAUUAGUUAUUAGUUGUCAAUAUUUUAUUGGUAAUUAAUGGAACUCCCCUUAGACUCUUCCUUAUUGUGUGUUAUUAUAAAACCUGUUUUGUUGAAUAAAUUUUGGGCAUUUUCCUGAACUGACUCCCUUGUAUUUCUAUCAAGAAUGUCACCAAGUACUUGAGAGUUUGUGGCUCGAUCUGGAUACCACUGUAAAACCAUGGCAGAUAAUUCUGGUGAUCACCAAAGACUGGAAUAUGUUUCAACAUUUUCUGUUCUACUAAGGCAAUAUUUACCUCUCCUUGUAGAAAAAGCAUUCUUUGUAGAACUGCCUAGGCAUGCUUCAUUCAGUGCAAAAAAAUGUAAUAAUAAUUAAUCAUCUACAUGCUUUUAUUUUUAUGCCCGUACAGAGAACUUUUGCAUCAAAUGGUUUUCCAAAAGAGGAGACUAUUAGGGGAACCUACAAGUGUUCAAAUAAUUAAAAUUGAAGAGCAAAGGCAAAUAUCUGUAGAUGAUGCUGCAUUAAUAUGCUUCCCUUUUCUCCACGUGGGGAGUAAAAAUAACUUUCACAAAUUAAAUGAUAGUUGCAAUAAUUACACAGGAAAUCAGAAAAAAAAGUUUAAUGUAUAUAGGGCAUCACUAGGUUAUCCGGACUGUUAAACCAGAACAUUACCUAGGAACAUAUAAUAGAAAAUGAAAUACAUUUAAAAAAGCAUAAAGACUGUAUAUCAAUGAACAUGGAUCGAUGAUCAACGCCUGUAAUACAGGCACACUAAACUUUCAAAUAAGUUGCCACUACCAGACUGCAAUAUUGCUUUGCCUCCUAUUGUGACUGAUAUUUAUUCACCCAACGCCUCCAAAUGUUUUCAAAUUGGGCUUGGUUUUCAGUAAUUCUGUAACAUGGCUUCAUAAAUACUGCUUUGUUGUAGCCUAUUUAUGACUAGUUGAAUUUUAGGGCAUGAUGUGGACUUCUAGGCCUCCACUAUGUUAAUUUUAGCUGUCGUUAAAAUGUGCAUUGUAAUAGUUUUACAAUUUCCCCAUAUGUCAAAAGGAACAUAUCCAACAAACAGAUUGCAGCAAAGAGUUACCGUAUAUCUUUGUAGAAAUCGUGUGGCUUGAAUCUGUUGCCAAAAGAUCAACAGUAGAUCCUAUAUAUUUAUUGCACCUCCAGCAGAGUGGACAUACUGAGGGGAACGCAUGAACCAAUCAUUUAGGAACCAGAUACCAUCUCGUUAAGAAAUUCCUGUUAUCCUCCCAGUGAGUAAGGCACAUUGAUGAGCCUUUAAUAUUUGUUACGGUCUUUAAUAUUUGUUAAAUGCAGUCAAUAAGCAGAAUGAAGUAAGAGGUGGAUAUGUGUUUUGUUUGCCAUUCUAUGCCCAUCUUAUAUUGAGGUUAGUAAAAAAAAAAGGACAAAAAGGGGGCGGAGCUUGACCGCCAUGCGGAGCAGUAGCAGCGGAGCUCCGUGUAUACGUCUAGCGUCAUAGUUGCAAUAAUUAGCCAGACUGACAGGAUUUUUAUUCACCCUGCUCCUUAAGGCUCGUGUGGGAGCUGGAGCUCGGACAUCGUUGCCUCUCUUGAUGCACCCACAGCGGCUGAUCUGUGUUGAGGCCUGGUAACUGGCACAAGGUGGGUGAAGCGGUUGAUCUCCCGGCGUCAAAGUCUUGUCGGGCCUGACACACUCUCCUCGCUACCCUCUGGACCGGUGGGGGUUUUCCUGGUCCACCACAACAGUAAUCCUUACCUGGCUUUACUCUUCUGAGCUACGUUGCUCGGGCACAGACACAACUGAUUCCUGAAACUCUACCUCCUCUAGAUGGCGCCUGCCUGCAUUGCGACGGUCCCAGAGAACCAUGCUGACCUGCCACAAUCUUGUUAUGAUCUCUUAGCCCUUUUUGACCAGCUCUGUGCUAAGCUCUGGCUGUGACUACAGGGAACCUGGAAAUCGACACCAGCAGGGCGAAAUCACAGUGGCAGUCCUCCUUUCUCCAUCAUAGCCACCCAGCAAGAGCUGCUAUGGCGAACCUGACUGGUGUCUUUCGGAAACUAGGCAGGAGGGGAAGGAGUUCUCCGGGCUUGAGAAAGCGAAAGAGUGGCCCUCUGUCAGUCUGGCGUGGUCACCAAGAUGGCAGGAACAAAAAGCAGCAUCGAGUUGCUACUCCUGUUGGCCACUCAUGGCCCCGCAUCUCCAUAUGGGACUGGAGAGACGAAGAUCAGGUCAUGGCGGCUAACACAUGGCAAAGCGGUACCCAGCUAAGGCUUCUGCACUGCCCAUACUCUGAGCUAUUACAUCAAGCCCUAAGGCUUGGAAUAGGGUGAUUGACUGCUCCUGGGACUUACAUUCCCCAAAACUGUUCUUGAGCUGGCCCUGUUAGACUAGCUUGUGGCCGAAUCUUGCUUCAAUUUGAUAUUUGAUGUGUGCAUGUGCCUUACACUUACAUAUUUAGCUUUAGUUUUCUCCAGUCAUGUAUGCCCACAUUGGGCCCCUAUUAAUGAGAUUAUCUGCCUUAUACUGAUGGAGCCGACAUAACUAAUCUGUAUUAAGAUGAUGUAGAUCUGAACUAGCCUUUUCGUUAUAAUCUCUACCAGUGUGUAGGUCAAGCCUAUUUGUCAGAUACCCUGUCAAGUUAAUUUUCCAUGCACUGUUUAAUGUUAUAUUAUACUUUUUUUUUAAAAAGUGCAGUACUAUUGAAAUGUACGGUAUACCCUCUUAUGACACACUGUAAUGUUAUUCUCUGACAUGCCUUGUUUACUUGCGAAACCAGCAAUGCACUACUAAAAUAAAGAAUUAAAAAAAAAAUAAGGACUAUCAUUCAUAGAUGGAGUUUUAGUGACAAACAAUUAAGAAAAUGGUCUUGUGACAAACCUAUUUAUAAUACCAUGUUCCUUUACACUUCUCUGUAUGAACUAAAUAUAAUGUUUUCACCAUGAGUUGUUACUCAUGUACAUAUUUAUAUCAGGAAGCAAAAGCUGUGAAUUUGAGCAUGUGUUAAAUGACUCAUGCUUAACAUCUGCAUAAACCUAAUUCAGUUCAUUUAGAAAAUAGGCACAGCACCAUUAAAAAAUAAAGCAGACGCUAUUACAUUAUGUUAUUUACACUCUCGUGGAAGUGUCUUCACAUGCAGGAUUAAGUUUCUGCUGUCCAAGUAAUAGGUACAUGCAGUAAGUACACGCUGACAUUUUCCUCUGUAGUAUAUGUUAAUUUAACACAUGGAAACUCAAAACAAUAAGUUGAAAGUGAUAUAUUUUACAGUGCUGUGAAAACAAUCAAAACACUCAAUUUUAACUUUUUAUGCAAGAUACUUGAAUUCCCAUCUUCUAUCCAUGGAAGGAAGAUUCAACUGAUACAACUGCAAAAAAAAAGGUACAGACACACACACAGAAAUAAAAGAUAAAUGCCCUGCACAAACCUAGCUCAAUAUUAUCAGAAGAUAGAGGUACUCAUCUCAGUGCCUUCCAGUUGGCAGUCAUCUACAUAAUUAUAUGUUGGACAUCCAACCAAUCACAACACAGACUGUACUAUGCAAAUCAUUUAUUUGUAUUUCUCAGCAAAUCUUCUCAUAAGACAAUUCACCUUGACGUCACAACAAUAAUAGAUGUUCUUCCGGGUGGCAAAAGCCAAUGCGUUCUAACAGUCACUCACUGGGUGUGGGGGUUCUGGGGUCCUCGGACUGGCAAGGGGGGGGAAGGUAAAUUGGGGACUGAUCCUGUGUGUGGGGGGUACUGACUAGCCCAGCUCAGCGUGUGUUCAUAUUGCAGAUAAAAUUAAAUGUUUUCUUCUGCCCCCCCUCUCUGCCCCCUCUUUAAUCCACCUCUGAUCCUUCUAACGGUAUCACAGUGGCAGCUCAGAGGAGGAUAACGGUUUUAGACUAAUGCUGCAUAUCGCUAGUGGCUAACUUUGAUAUCCCAAUAAUAAUAGAUUACAAUUCCCACAAUGCUAAACCAGCCUGAAGGUUGGCAGAGCAUUGUGGUAAAUUUAGUUCACAAACCUCUGGUGUUCCAAGUUAGCCGUCACUGCUCUGGAAGUGCUGGGUGAUUUUUAUAAUUCACUUUCUCAAUGUACAUUGUGCACGUUGCCACCCAGUUUUAUAGAUAGGCUCUAAACAAAAGGCUGAAAAGAGUUUAGGCUGUGAAUGAUAGGUGUUACAGGACAAAUGGAGACUUGUAGUUUUGGCAUAAGAUGCAAUCUAGUAGCACAACUCCCAUGACAUUCAGUCGACCAAUCCAGCUGUGGAUACAUCUCAUGAUCUUUGCCCAGCCUAAUACUAAAUAAUGGAAAUAGUAUGGGACAGUUUUCUCUUCAGGUCAGUGGAAGCCGCUCGCAUUCUGCCACCUGGAAGUAUCUUGGUGCCUAUUGUUUACAAACAUUCUGAAAUGCCGUAUUUACUUCAUUGGAUUGUCCCAUUCAGCAAAACCAGCAAGUCACUACAAAGAUCUCCAUGUCAAUUGCUCAGCGAUGCAUUAUGAUUUGAUGGAUGUACAUGUGAUCAUUAGGCCGGUAAAAACGGCCAGGAGAGGAUUGUGUGAAAAAUGUGCAUGAACAUAGUUAAUAGAAAGACAGAAACGUUAACCUAUGAUUCGAAAUAUUACAAUUUGCAGCCCCUACAAAAUGCCUUUAAACCAACGUCAAAUGUCACGUUUAUGAAGUUUUUAACAAUUCAAUGCAGCCCUGUAAAGUUAAUUUAGUUAGUCAUUCCAUUUUGGAAAUUGUUUUAAAGAACAAUUGUAGUGAUAGAAUUCAACAAGGUGAGCGCACGAAAGGUGCUGUCUUUGUGUCAUUUAUGAUUUUGUUAUAGUUGGCUCACUUAGGAGUUAUUCGCCUGGUUAUUGCCGCACCAUAGGUGAAUAUUUUCAAAAUACAAAAAACAAACAACAAAUUGAUGCCACUAGUCUCAGUGCAUACAAAGCUCCGAGAUCAGCUGCAUCCCCUGGAUAUAUAUGUAGUUAUUACUGUAUAUUGGCAUAAAAAAUUUAUGAUCUUAUAUUAUUGAGACCUAAACAUAAUAAAUAAAUCAAAGUAUAUACAAAGUAUAUGUAACUAUGUAACUAAAAGUAUAUACAAGUGAUACAUAUGCUAAUAUGCAAGCCAAAAAUACACCAUGUAGGGAAACAAUCCAAAUCCAUAUAAAGGUAUGAUACCCAAUCCUAAAUAUCAGCUUUAUUAACAGGUGCAUAUGCUACAUAGGAGGGGAUCCAUCCCAAACCAAUUCCCUAACACUGGGCUAUUUGCAGAUUAACUCUAAAUACUGCUCUGCUUUAUCUUAUAAAAAUCUGUACUGUGCUAGUAAUAGGAAACACAUCUUGUGCAUAGUAAAGUGCUAUAUUGAUCUAAGCACAGUCCCAGACCCUCAGUCAUAAAUAAGCAUCUAUAGAGUUAAAUGGCAGACAGAGCUAGAAAUAGAGAGUAUUGUCCAUAAUGUAUGAUAGGGAGAGAAUGCAGUACAUAGUGAGAAAGUCAGUGUCUAAAACACUGACAAGGUAAAUUAAAAGCCUCUCUCCCUGAUAAUCUACCUAGACAGGCAUAGAAGCAUAGGAUAGAAAAGUGAAAAUAAAAAAAAUCAAUAAAUCAAAUGAAAGUCAUAGUGCUCAAUCCACAAGUGCCCAAUAAUCAUGGCUAAAAAUAAGAAAAACCGCCGACGCAAAUUUCGGUGCCUUAUAUAAUGCACCUUCGUCAAGGGCCAACAGAAUAAUGAUAAGGUCUCUCUUAAAUACUUUAAACGCCAUAAAACAUGAGUACCUGUGUCCAAUGAGAUCCAGAAGGAGUGUCCCACAUGUGUGCAUAAUAUCAGUAACUAGAUCCGAUCAAUGGGUAAAGUCCUAUACCACAUGGUGUAAAUAGUGGGAGUGGCCAAAGGACACAGAGCCAAACCCAACAUGUAUCCUCCCUUAUGAGGUGGGUGGGUAUCUCUGUAUACUCCAUGCAAGUGAACUAAGAGAGGGGCGGAUCCAAAUACAAUUGGAGUGACAGCUAGGAACUAUGAGCAAGAUAGACAUGUGGCUCAGCCAAUGUGCAUACAUUGUGGGCGGGUCCAAAAAACUGACCAAACUGGCAAUCCAAUGGAUUCCAAAUCCAAUCACCUACAGGCAACCAACCCAUACAAAUUGCAAUACAGUAGUGCCCCAUGCAUCCCAUAUCUAGCUGCCAGUACACUCUAAGGGAAAAACAUCCCAAACUAGGUCAGUAAGUGUACUCAUUAACCAUUCAGUACCCAAUUCCAAUGGGUGUAAUGGGAGAUUAUUAUAGAAAUGGCUUAUUUAAAUGUAUAUUAUAUUGGUCUAUAUACCUCUUGUGGUAUCUCCACAAAGGGGUAUAGAAGGCUGCCACAAAUCUAUAAUAAUACAUAUGAAUGGUAUAUAAUGCAUGUGUACCUCUCUGAACCUCAAAUUUAGGCAUUCAUGUAAGAAUAAAUAAAUAAAAAAUAAAUUAUAAUAAAUUAUAAAAAAUAAUAACUAAAAUUACUAUCUCAAUAAUUUACAAGUGUAUCCGGCAUAUACAUAAAUCAUCUAUAAUGUAAUCAUAUAAAUAAAUAUAUAUAUAUAUAUAUAUAUAUAUAUAUAUAUAUAUAUAUAUAUAUAUACAAAUGGUAUAGAUAAUAGACUUUCAUUACUACCAAGUCAUGCAGAACUAAUAUCCAUUAGUCCGAGAUAAAGUAUGUAUAUGAGAAAUCCUCGUUGAGACCAAGUGGUGAGAGAGUUUUAAGCUUAUAUUUUCAAUCCUGUGGUCUUAUCUCAGUUAUAGAAUAGACUGAUAUUGGUCCUGAAUGUGUUAAUAUGUUGCUGCUAAUUUAUAGAAUGGGUAAUACAAAGUGAUCAACCACUGAUAUUCAAUUAAUUAUCACAAAUUCCAUCUUCUGAGGGUCAGUGGUUAGCUGGGAACUAUGGAAGCUCUGGUCCUUGAAAAACAGUAACACUAGGCUUUUAGGUUGAUUAACUCGAUACCUUUUUUAAUCUCAAUUCGUGAUAUGUUGAACACUGUUACAGUUUGUCUAAUAAAGAUGAAGCCACAUAUUCAUCCGAAUAUAAUCAAGUAGGGACAAGUGAGGGGCUAACCCUUGGUUAGAUAUUAAAAUGCAAAAGAGGAGGUCUGUCCCUGGAUAGAGAUUAAAAAAUCUAAUCUUUAUUCUUAAUAUACUAAAAAAGAAAUAAACAACACACGAGAAGAUAAUAAAAUGAACCUUGGUCAGAUAGUAAUAGGGGAGAGAAAACAUAACAUCGGACAUACACUGGGUAAAAAUUGGGAAGAAGAGGGAACAGUACCCUAAUAAAGUUCUAGCAAGGAGGGAGCUGGCAACGCUACCAGCUCCCUCCUUGUAAUAGAAACCAUUCCUACCCUCCCCCCACAUUAAAACCUAUGGGGGUCACUAUGACCCCCAUAUUAAUAAAAAGGGAGGUUAAAUCCCCCUGCAUGCCCUACCAGUGGCUGCUCGCUGUCAUUUAACCCCUUAACGCCGUUAUGGCGUUCUAUGCCGUUGCGGCUUUAAAGGGCUUUAAAACCGUUGCGGCGGCAUAGAACGCCGUAACGGCUUUCUGCCCCAGGGGAUCGCAGCUACUUACCUCCGCUGCGAUCCUCUUCUGGAGGGCUGCCAGACCGCCCAGGCAGCCCUCCCCCGGCGAAUGAGGCCCCCGGGGGCCAUGUGAUCGCUCUCAAAGAGCGAUCACAUGGCCCCCUAUAGCUGGCUAUGGAUCUGCCAUUGCUGGUGGGAAAUGUAAAAAAAAAAAAAAUUAGACAUGUUUUAAAAUAAAUUAAAUACAUUUAUAUAUAUAAUAUAUGUAUAUAUAUUCUAUAUAUAAUAUAUAUACAUAUUAUAUAUAUAUAACGUCAUACGUUGUGUAUUUUAAUACUAAUAUAAGUAUAUUUAUUAGUAUUAAAAUACACUUAGAAUGACGUUACAUAUAUAUAAUAUGUAUAUAUAUUAUAUAUAUAUAAUAGAUAUAUACACAUAUAUUAUAUAUAUAUAUAUAUGUAUAAUUACAUUAAUAAAUAAAUAAAAUAAUAAAAUAAAUAAAUAAAAUAUUGAAACUAAAUUUUAUUAAAUUUAUAUAUUCAUAUGUAAUUUCAUUCUAACUGUAUUUUGUUAUUAAUAUAUAUAUAUUGGUAACAAAAUACACUUAGAAUGACAUUCUAUAUAUAUCUAUCUAUAUAUAAAAUACAAAUAACCGCAAAUAUAUAUAUAUAGAUAAAUACAUAUAAUUACAUAAAAGAUUACAUUAGUAUACACGUAGAAUUUAAAUACCUAUAAAUGCAUAUAUAUUAAAAUUCUACGUGUAUAUUUAAGUAAUCUUUUAACAUAAUUAUGUGAUUUGAUUAAUUAAAAUUUGAUUGACAUGCCUGACAACAUAGGGAGAAAGUGCAGAGAAUUUAAUUCGCAAGCGCUAUAUUUGACCCUAUAACUCUCCAAGACACCAUAAAACCUGUACAUAGGGGGUACUGUUUUACUCGGGAGACUUCGCUGAACUCAAAUAUUAGUGUUUCAAACUGGUAAAUUGUAUUACAACGAUGAUAUUUUAAGUAAAAGUGAAGUUUUUUGCAUUUUUUACAAACAAACGUCACUUUUAUUGACUAUAUUUUUGUUGUAAUAUGUUUUCCUGUUUUAAAACACUAAUAUUUGUGUUUAGUGAAGCCUCCCGAGAAUAACAAUACCCCCCAUGUACAGGUUUUAUUGUGUUUUGGAAAGUUAGAGAGUCACAUAUAAGGCUUGCAUUUCAUUUUUUUGACAUUGAAAUUUGCCAGUUUGGUUAUGUUGCCUUUGAGAGUGUAUGGUAGCCCAGGAAUAAGAAUUACCCCCAUGAUGGCAUACCAUUUGCAAAAGUAGACAACCCAAGGUAUUGCAAAUGAGGUAUGUCCAGUCAUUUCUAGUAGCCACUUAGUCACAAACACUGGCCAAAUAUUAGUUUUUUGCUUUUUUCACACAAAAACAAAUAUAAACGCUAACUUUGGCCAGUGUUUGUGACUAAGUGGCUACUAAAAAAGACUAAACAUACCCCACGUUCAAUACCUUGGGUUGUCUACUUUUUCAAAUGGUAUGCCAUUAUGGGGGUAAUUCUCAUUCCUGGGCUACCACAUCGUCUCAAAGGUAACAUUACUAAUCUGGCAAAUUUCAAUGUGAAAAUGGAACGUUCUAUAUUUGACCCUGUAACUUUCCAAAACACCAUAAAACCUGUUAAUAGGGGAUACUGUUGUACUCGUGAGACAUCGCUGAUUACAAAUAUGGGCAUUUUUUUGCAGUAAUACCUAACAGUAUUAUGACAUUCAUAGCUAAAAUGUCAGACGGAAAUACAAAUUUUAAAAAAAAUCUUAUUUUCUAAUUUUUCAAAAAGUUUUAUUCAUAAUAAAUGAUGUUCUAUAUAUGAAUAGCUAAUGAUAAAUUAAAGCCCUGUUUCUCCUGAACAAAAUGAUAUAUAAUAAGUGUGGGUGCACUUAAUGUGACAGCGGUGAAUUACGGGUGAACAGACAUAUAGCGCAAAUUCCAGUUUUUGUUUUGUUUUGAUCAGAACGUGUACUAUUGACUCCGUCCUGAAGGGGUUAAAACUGGACAUAAAAUUCAGAAUCUUACAUAGCAGUGAUAGAGAGCUACGGUACAAGUAUGUAAAACCAAAAGUUAUAGCAAAAGCUAUAACAAUGUUGCAAUAUGAAAAAGUAGCUAUUUAGAUUUGUAACACAAUAAGGCUGUGCUACUGAUCUAAAUAGCUACUUUUUACACAUACUGUUACCGUAGCUCUAUCACUUCUAUAUAGGAUACUUUCAUAUCCAGUUUUAAAUUGGUAUUAAUAUUUAUUACAAGGAUGGAGCUGGUAGGGCAGCCGGCUCCCUCCUUGCUUUAUUUUUUCUGCGCAUGCACAGUGUUAUUUUCUCUGUGCUGUGGGGGUUCAUUCCCCUGCAGCAUGGAGUCUAUUAAACAAAUUAAACGAAAAUGUAAAGCAUUCAGCAUCUGUCCUUUUCAUUUAGUUUAUAUUUCGAAUGUAGGACUUUCGUUUACGUUUAACCCCUUAAGGACACAUGACAUGUGUGACAUGUCAUGAUUCCCUUUUAUUCCAGAAGUUUGGUCCUUAAGGGGUUAAGUAAACGAAUACGAAAAAACCCACUUUUUCAGAUGAAAUCGUAUUCGUACGAAAACGAAUGCACAUGUCUAACAAUUAUGCACAAUUGGAGGGGUGGGAGAACUUUUGGCAUGACAUGUUAGCUUUUCACAGAUGGUAUGCAUUGGUUUCUCAAACCUGAGGUGUGGAGCUUGGUAUCCAAAAUGCCUAAAAUUGAGCAGAGUUACUGAAUUUUCUAAGUGAUGGGGUAUGUGGCAUGCACUCAAUACGAUACUGUUAUUGUCAAGUAUAUUUGAUAUCUAUAUGUGAUGUUGUACGGACCCCAAGUGACAAACUGUUCCACCAGCAACAUUUGCCCAUGGAUGCUUUUUUGUUUUUCUAUUGUAAUUUCCUUUCUUUUUAUUUAAGUACCAUGUAUCCCCUCCUUGCCUGUUUACUUUCUCUAAACCCCCCACCCAUUUUACAUUUUAUUUUACUUUAUUUUUUUAGAUAAACUACUAUUUGGUAAAAAAAUAAAUAAAAAGUACAUGACAAAUGUAAAGUGAAAAAUAACAUGACAGAGGAAUAGACAUUGUCUAUGGGAUUACAGAUUAAAGAACAACAUAACACAUUCAUCAAAUAUUGAAAUAAACUGUGAUAUCAAGAAUAUGUAUCCAUACACAUUGAAGAUUUAUAUCUACUAUAAGGUACAUGUCUAAUUAAAACAUUUGCUAAUCUACAGAACGCCCCUCAAAUUGUUGUGUGAAAACAUGAAGAGACAGAUUGUCUCCCGAGCUUUCUAUGGAUGUAAGUAUAUUGCCUUUAUGCAAAUAUACAAUAAAGGUUAAGAAGUUUUUCCAAAAACAUAUAAUAUAUAUACAUUUUUUAAAUGUACUUAUUUAUUUUUACAUGUUCUUCUUUAGUAGAGAUUAUUAUAAUUGAAAAUCAUUAAAUAAUCUACCAGUCUUUGCAAGGUAGAGGUGGGCAUUUUGAGAUUCCAUCACAAUGUCCCUUAGUGUCAGUUUGACAAAUUUUCAUUUUGUUAAUAGGGCUGGCCUACUGCCGCCAUCUCUCCACUGUCCGAACUCACCUGUCUGCCCUGGUCCAUCACUCAAUUAUUCCACCUGACAAACCGGUGGAUGCAACAGGAGGUUUGACCAAAGAAGUGUGGAGCAAGUAUCAAAAGGACAUGAAGGUAAAACAAGAGUCCUACAAAUCUUUUAUGGCACUUUUAUUUUAUUUUAUUAAUGGUGCUGCUAUCAAUAUCCCAAAAUAUCUGAAAGACUCAAAUUCGAAGCUUAAAUGUUUAAAAAUAAAUUCCUCUUCAUGAUUCCAUAAUAAUGAGUUUCAGUCUACCAGUCCCAAUCCCUGACAUUCUCUGAUUGGGUUGGGAACUGCUCACAUAAAUAAGGAUGUGGUGGUGAUAGCAGCAUUCUGAAAGUCCUGUGUUUGUUACCCAUGUGCAGAACUACAAGGAGCUGGAGUUGCUGAGGUUGGUGUAUUACGGAGGCGUGGAACAUGACAUCCGAAAAGAAGUUUGGCCUUUUCUUCUUGGACAUUACAAAUUUGGAAUGACCAAAAAAGAGAUGGAUCGGGUUAGUUGAUUUAGUAAUGAUGUUUUCUAUGCUGUCACUUUGUUUGGUAUUGAAUUUUUAGCACAUUCAUCUUUGUAGGUAAAAACAUGUUCCCUCUGACCUCAGACCAGACAAAAACGUUAGUGGCCAUGAGCUGUAAACAGCCAUCUUUUAAAGCAGUGAUAACUCAAUUUGUGUGUGCUGAAUUAGUUUGGAACUAGUUUGGUUGUUAAACCUAUACUCUAUACAAAUUUCUUUGUGAAUAAUGGCUUGGUAGCCCUGCUUUGUGUUACAAAAAUUGUUUAAUUACAUAUUUAUAUUUCAUAACAAUAUUUUAUUACAUUUCCAAGCAUGAACUGCAAUAAGACAAAUGUAGGGAACAAGGAAUAUAAACAAUAUAGCUUAUAUAUAGGAGACAAAAUCAAACAUGAUCUAAGUAGAAAUAAUGGCAUGAAAGAGAAUAUAAAGAUAGGAGAAAGAAGUUCAUGCCGGGCAGGUGUGUGCCGAAAUGAAGUUCUGGAGAGGGGGAUUUUGCAAUCAUCAAUCAGAUGCAAUCUGGGAUAGAGGGCAGUCAAUAUUUGUUAAACUGUAUAUUUAAAAUAGUGGAUUAUCAAGGGAUUUAGACCAGGGCAUUGUUGUAUUCACUGAAUGAAAAAGUGGCUUAUGUACAGUUUCACUUAGUCUAGCCCACUAUUUCUUGUGCCAUCUUUCUAAAGCUGUUAAAUCAUAGAAAACACAUAGUUCUGACCAGUCCGCGCAUCAAAAUAAAAUGUAUCACUAGCAAGACUUCCAAUAAGCAGUACUGGUUUCUUACCUAAGGUCCCAUUAUUUAUGGACUACAUGAUAAUGAUAUUAUCCAUGUCCAGUUAUGCCUAAGGCAUUAUGCGGGUUUCUUAAUACAUUCAAUUUAAAGGAUCACUAUAGUGUCAGGAAAACAAACCCCUUUUCCUGACACUAUAGCAUCCUUAGGACCCCACCCUCAGGGCCCACCUCCCGCUGAGCUGAAGGGGUUAAUACCCCUUCAGCCACUUACCUUAAUCCAGCGCCGGGCUCCUUCGGCGCUGGAGACCUCUCCUCCCCCGCCGACGUCAGCUCCCGAGUGAAGCGGAAUGCGCAUGCGCGGCAAGAGACGCAUUCGAAUUGAAAGAGUCCAUAGGAAAGCAUUUCUCAAUGCUUUCCUAUGGACGUUCUGCACGCUGAAUGCGAAUUUCGCAUCCAGCGUCGCAGAAGUGCCUCUAGCUGCUGUCAUGAAGACAGCCACUAGAGGUUGGACUAACCCUGCAAUGUAAACAUAGCAGUUUCUCUGAAACUGCUAUGUUUACAUCUGAAGGGUUAAAACCUGGGGGACCUGGCACCCAGAACACUUUAUUGAGCUGAAGUGGUCUGGGUGACUAUAGUGUCCCUUUACUAAAAUGAAAUCAAAAUACAGAAGCAAACCAAUUAAAAACUCUGAUAUAGUACAGAAAAUAUGUUAUACAGCUGUAUACCUAGAAUAAAAAGUAACAAAAUAAUAGUGCAACACUGUAUAAUAAUGUUAACAGUGCCCCCACUUAAUGUAGAACCCACAGACUCCACAUGAUAUAGUGCCUUAAAGUUGCCUUCCCUUUCAAGGGAGGUUUGGAUCCUCUAUCGUCUUGUAGCUCUCCGGAUCAAAAUUAGGAAUCGGGUAGGUAAAUAAAAAAACUGAUUUAUUUGAUAUAAGAAAUUCAAUUGAUAAAAAUGUAUAAAAGCAGUAGUAGAUCACCGGUCCUACGCGUUUCGUUUCGUUAGAAUCUUCCUCAAGGACCAAUUUCCAUACAAUUAUAAUGAUAAAACAUCAUCAGUAACAAUAAAUCACCCUACUCAUCCUCUAACCCCAUAUUCUUAAAAAGGGCUGUUCCUGACUUCCUCCAGUGUGUUUGGGGGAGUUCCCAUCCAUUCCGCCAGUCGGUUCCUUUGAUUCCUCCUCCUCACAGCUGGUUCGGUUUUCCAAUUGCCACUGUGUGUUCUUCAUUGUUGUAAAUUAAUAUCCGGCUUGCGUACCAAUGCCUCCUUCCGUGCGUUCCAAUUUCAAAUCAAACUUUAUUGUUCAUGUUCUUCACGAGUAUACAAAAAAUCACGUAAUUACUUUCAACUCUUUAAUCUAGUGAAAAAACAAAGUUGCAAUCAUCUUCAUAUAUUUAUUUUAGAUAGUAUCUUUUCUUAUAUAUUUAGGUAAAUCAAAGUGUCAAUCAAAGUACCGUGAAUGUAAACCCAUAACCCAUCACACACUUAUACUAUAUUGAUAGUUAUAUAAAUUGCCCCAUUUGCCAAAAUUACUGUCAAUCACAUAUUCCUAGAAAUGAGAGUAUGUGUGCUGGUGUGUCACUAGUACUGUCAAUCUCAGAAAAUAUAUAUAUUGAAAAUAUAUAUAUAAUAAAAAACACAAAAAUCUAAAAAUAUAUAUAAAAAUGUAAUUAAAAAUUAUAAUAUGAAAUAUAUAAAAAUACAUUACAAAAAGUACAAUUAUAAAAAUACAAAAAUUCUGAAAAAUUAUAAAGUGUAUUUUAACUUGUCCAGUGUACACACAUCCAUCUCCUAUAACGUUCACAGAAAACAAACCAAAUCAAUUUCUACAUUUAAGCCAAUUGGCUCAAGUGUCUGCAAUUUCUGGAUCCAAAAGGUCUCACGUUGGGACAAAGAUCUCGGUCUGUCUCCUCCUCUCCAAUGGGGAUCGAUCUUUUAAAUUCCUAUACACACCAAUUCCUUCAGAUCAAACAUUGUACAGGAUUUGCAGUGUACUGGAACCGAAUGGGACACAAGACCCUUUCUAAUAUUAUUGGCGUGCUCCAGUAUUCUAACGUUAAAGUAUCGCUUGGUACAUCCCACAUAUUGCUUGCUGCACGGAUACUGCAGUAGAUACACCACAUAGUAUGUGUGGUAAUCAAUCUGUGGAAGGAAAACGUCUCUCCUGUUGUGGUACUUUUAAAUGUUGUUGUGUUUAGCAAUUUCAUGGUGCGUCAAGCUUUACAGCUCCCACAACCUUUGAAAACUGUUUCUCCAGGAUCUUUUCAUUGUCUAGUGGCUUUUAUACCUUUUACAUAGCUGGGAGCCAAAGGUUUUUUUAAAUUGCAAUUUUUUUUAAAGAUUACUGUGGGAUUUUGCGGUAAAAUCGUACUUAACACAGGGUCCUGUAAGAGGAUUGGCCAAUGUUUAGCCAAGCCCCUUUUAAUUUUCCAAUUGUCCUUGUUAUAUCUAGUGAUAAAACUCCUUUGAAACUUGGUAUUUUGAAUCUUAUCUAGUCUAUCCAUAAGAAAUGAGUUCCUUUAUUUAUUUCUAGCUAAUUUCAUUUCUUUUUCUAUGGAGUUCCUCUUAUAACCCUUUUGUAGUAACUUUUCCUUAACGUGGUUAGCCUGCAAUUUAUAGUCCCGGGUGUCAGAACCAUUCUGUCUCACUCGAGUGAAUUGACUUCUAGCUAUUCCUCUAAGCCACGGCUGGUGAUGACAACUUUUAUGAUAACCGUAACUGUUGCCAUCAGUUGGCUUGAAGAAGCAACGUGAUCUCACGUUCUUAUCCUCAUUAAACAAAGUCACAUCUAAAAAGUGAAUGGUUGUAUUACUCCACUCUGGGGAGUAAUUAUAAAUUAAAUGGAUUCUGAUUUAGCUAUUGUACAAAUUAAUCAAAUGCCCCCCCCCCCCCAGAUGAUCAGAAUGUCAUCUAUGAAACGCCGCCAUAGCACCAGGCUUGCCCUCCAGUCAUGGUCCGACCACACCCAAAGGUCCUCCCAUUUCCUCAUAUAUAAGUUGGCAUAACUUGGGGGCAAACCUGGUGCCCAUGGUGGUCCCUGUAACCUGCAUCAAAAAAGAAAUAAUUAUGCUUCAGUAUAAACAUAACUGAAGUUAAAAUGAAAUCCCUUAUCCUUGGUUCUAAAUUCCUAUCUUCCUUUAAGAAGCAUGUGAUACCAUCCAAUCCCAGCUCAUGGCUGAUUAUCUUAUAUAAAGAUGUAUCAUCUAGGGUUGCCCAACUGUAGUUCUCCUCCCAUUCUAUAUUUUCUAAUUCCUGAAGGAUAAAUUUGGUGUCCUUUAUAUACGAUUUGGAUUUCUGGGCAAAUUGAUACAAAUAUGAAUCCACAAAAGCUGAGAGGUUUGCCGUUAUUGAAUUUAUCCAACUUAUAAUGGGCUGUCCAGGAGGAAAACAUAAGCAUUCAUUUAACUUGGGCAAAAACAAAAAAAAUUGUGUAACUGGGCUUCUUUGAUAUUGGAAAUCAAAAUUGUUUUGUGUAAUUAUAUUUUCGUCUCUAGCUUUCACCAAAAGUAGUUUUAAUUCUAGAUUAAAUUCCUGGGUGGGGUCUUUUUUAAAGAUUUUAUACAUUUUAGUAUCACUAAGAAUAUUCUCUGAAUCUAGUAAUUUUCCCUAGAUAGAACCACUAGCCCCAUCCCCCCACCCUUAUCGGCAUUUCUAAUUAUUAUAUCUUCUCUUUUAGUCAAAUUGUUAAGCAAAUAUUCUCUUCCUUACUCAGAUUUUUGAUGAACAAUUUUUCCUUUCCUUAUGUUUUUGUAAAUCUUUAUUUUAUUGUGCAAAUGAUAAACAAAGCAAGUUUGCCACGCCACGACAGCGGAACAAACCAAGUAAUAACAUAUAGGUUAUGACAAUGUCAUGACAUUCAGAGUACUUGCACAUUUUCUGUUUUAAAAGUAGAUUAUAACAUGCUAGUCAGGUAUGUCUAGGUUGAAUGAACAUGGAACAGUUAGCUGUCUUUUGAGAAGGUCUAGAAAGAUGAGAUAAAAAUCAAAAUGUAUACAUGAAAACAGGAGAAGCUAAAACAUGCUGAAGAAGCCUAGCGUUAUCAAUUUCUUGUGGUCUAAAAGAGAGUGUAUGCAUGCUGCAGAAAAGUUAGGCGUGUUAGAGUGAGAAGCUUCUCUAUGCUUAAGACAUGUUAGAAAAAUAAAAUAAAAGUAAACAAGCUUAAUCUUGUAGCCAGUGCCAAAUAAGGAAAUACCACUGGGUUUAUAUGCAGUGUCAUAGUAUGCCAGCAUUUAAAGCAUAAUAUCUAACUUGUAUAGCUGCAAUAUGUCAGGCUAACAUCAGAUAGACCACUAUACGAGUAUGUUAGCCAUUGCCUAACGGUGGAAAAUCCCAGCUGCCCUUAUUGUCUGCCCUCAGAAAUAAGCUCCCCCACGGUGCCACAUGCGAAUAUUCAGCCUAUGCCCAAAACCAGAAAGCAUAGGGUAGGCAAGCAUAGAGUCUGGAGGCUCACAGUAGCCACGAAAGAGUCCUGUAGGGAGUCUAUGCAGCCAAGUAGGUGCAGGUGGUGGUCGUCAAGUUCACGCCAGGACACAGCACUCUUCAGGCCCCAGGCCUUUUUGAGGGCCUGCAUCUGAAUUCCACAGGCUCUGGUCUUCUCGGGGACGAUGUCCUUCUCCUAAACUGGGGUAUGUGGGAGACCUAUAUGUUGUAAGCCGCCGGAGGCAUGUGAUCCUCCGCACGUGUGGGCGAUGCUGUAAGGCUGUGCCUUGUGUGGCUCUCGACCAAGAAGCAAGCGGCAGUGUUGGGAGGCUUGGUAAUGGCAGGAAUCCCUUGUGGGAACUUGAUAUGCCUCAUUGGCUCACUUUCCUCGGCACCCCCUGGUGCCGUGGCAAUCCGGUUCGGUGAUGUGCCUGAAUCCUCGCCCAGAAGGACUGGAAGAUUGCAUGAAGUUGGAGCAGGAUACUUACUGUAUAGCUAGAGAGAGGCACCUGAGGUGAGCUCAUGCUUUGUCCGGCUCGUGAAAGGGGCGGCGCCAUCUUUGGUGCAGGUGCCUGCGGUGUGCUGCAAGGAAGUGCAGGCUGAGGAGGCAAACACACCGCCCAGUGGGGACCGGGAUUACCCUCGCCGGUCCAGAGGGGGGGUUAGGAGUGCAGCUCAGACUAGUUACCAGGUAGGAGUCCACAAAGACCUGCUGGAUCUCCCCAGCUCUCUCCAUUGUAGGCCUGCAGUAGGGCAUCUCUGGCCUCCAACAACAUGCCAUCUUGAGUAAGGUAUCAAUGUGCGCAGGAGUAGACACCCGACUUGUGAGGUAGCUAAUGUGGAGUAUAGCUGCUCAAUUUCUGGGGUAAACGGCCCCAAAUCAGCCCAGGAUUCAGGAACCCAGGCACCACACGUCUGCUUUGCUAUGUGGCUAGACUACGCCCCCCUUCCUUUCCUUAUUUUACUCAAUUGUCCAUCUACCAAUUUCUCAAAAACUUCCAAAAAGAGGACCUUUUUCUUCACAUUUCAUACCUCUCUUUCAUACCUGUCUCCAAGAUAGACAUUUCCAUAUUGGAUAGAGUUAAACCAGAUAGAUUAAAGAUGCCUUUGGUAAAAUCUGCUCUCUUUCUGGAUGUUUGUUGCAUCUUCCUCGACCCUCAUUCUCUUUAUUGUUACUGUUUUGAUGUUCUCUUCCCUCUUUCCUUGUCUGAAAGUAGUUGGUAAUCGUUGUCCCUUUUUGGUUUUGUCCCUUUUCUAAAAACUCACAUUUUCUUCCCUUCUCCUCCUAUCUGGAUUGGGAAUAUUCUCUACGGCUUGUGCAUAUGAUUUUUUCCUUAUUGCCCCUCUUGAUGGGCUAAUAUCUCCCCUUCUUGGGGUGAUUCUCUCUUGAUAGUUUUUAUCCUGUAAUUGGUGUUGAGGUCUGGAGUUAAACGAUUUAUGAGGUGAAUGUUUUGGGGGAGAUUUUUUUUCUGACGGUUCCCUUCUCCGUCUAUCUUUAUUUCUAUUUAGGGGGGUUCCCUGAUCUAACCUUUUCCGGUCAUGCAUAUGAUAUCCCUGUUUUUUUACUUACUCUUUUGUUUUGUAUAGAAAAGGUGUUAAACAUUUUGCCCCCCUUAUCUCUUUUAUAUUUUCUGCUUUUUGUUUCUGCAAUUUUUUCAUCCAGAUUUUUUAUCUUAUUGUACAUUUAUUCCUCUUUAUAUUCAUCUCCCUCUUUAUCAAAGGAAUUGGUGAACUCCGGUUGUUCUAAAUCUUGUUCUAUUUUUUCUCUCUUUUCUGUAGAAUAUUCAAUUAUUAAAUUAAUUAAUUGGGUUGAACAAUUAAGCAGAAAUUCUUCCCAGUUUUGUAGAAAGAUCUAAUUUUCCAGACCAUAUAAUGGUAAUUUCUCGAUUCUUAGUCCCCUCAGGAUUAAACUAUCCUUUAUAUAGUUUUGAAGGAAAGACCUACCACCACUUUUUCGUUUUACUACUCAACAAUUUCUCUUUUGUUUUAAAAUAUUCAUCUAACCAUUGUAGUGAUUGGGGUUUUUCCCAAUCUUGAAAUUAUGCCUCAAAAUUUGUUUGCGUGCCCUUUGUAUGUUUGUUAAAUAAUUAGGGCUACUCGCUGUGACAAACUCCCUUUUUUCUGUGAGUUUGCCACGAGUUUUUGGAGCCCUGCAAUAUACCUUGGCCAAUUAACUUUAAAAGGCUCCAUUCAUGUAAUGUAAGUACUUUUGUACUCCACAAAGAGAGACCGACCGCUGGCCCUAAUUCUCUAGAACUGUUUUGGGCAUGAAAUCAUGCGUGGGGUCGGUCAAAAGAGACUUCCAGGAACUUCCUGAACCCCUGAUCUGAUCUGGGUGAUUUUUGGAUAUGUUGCACACCCAGAUCAGGGCUACCUGGGGAUGUAAUAUUUAUGGGGAUAUGUUCUGUUUUGGGGUGUUUUCUGUACUUUGGGGAAAAUUUGUGUUUUUCUGCCUGUGGAUAAUUAGGUUAUUCUAUUAGCCACUUUAAUUAUAUCCCAGGCAGAGGGGAGGAUUGUUUGCUGUACAUGGGAGUUUCACAUACUGUAUGGUUGUUCUUAUUGGUCUGUACAUUUGAGAAUGCGGUGUUCCAUCAAGUCUAGGGGUGUGCCUCUGGCCUGAGGAAUUGUAUAUAAGCAAACCUGUAUCAAGAAAGCCUUAGACUUGUUCUACCCUUCAUGAAGUUUCGGCUCAUGUUUGGGGGAUUGGAGAACUACCUACACUCUGGGGAUUGCUAUAAUCACUAUACUCCCCAGAGUAUAAUCACUGAGCUCUUGUAAGAGCUGUUCCUGUUCCUGCUGUCUGGACGAAGAGAGGUCUAGCUAAUGGAAGCUGGAUCCUGGUCUUGGGUCCAGAGUGGGUGGAAGACGGCGAGACCCCAACCAAGCUGCGGCGGUUCGUGGGGUCUGCUGUGGUUAUGGUGUCUAGUGGAGCCCUCGGAAAGCACUAGCCAUAAUGUAAUUCAAUAUCAAAGGAAUCUCUAAAUACAAUUCACGAGGCUAUAAAUUCAGGGAAUAAACAACAUAAAAUAACAAACUAUCCACUACACACCAAAAGUGCAAUAUAUGGAAAAAAGCUUAGCUUAGCUUAUAUAUACAGCUUCUCAAGGUCCCUUCCCUGGUGGUAACCUCACAUAAUGUUAUUUUCAAUUAAAAACUCUGCAAGAAGCUUACAAUCUAAAGAGUUAAUUUGUGUUAGUUAUUUUUGGAGUUCUCACAAUAAUCACCUUCAUUUCAAAGCAAAUGUUUUUGACACUAUGGAGAUAUUUAGCUUAGUCAGUAUUCCCUUCCACUCUAUUCUAUAUAAAAUAAAGAACUCUAACCCUCUAAAAAAACGUUACCAGCUUACUAUUGUAUCCCCAGCUUUUGUUUUAAAGUAACAGAGGUUUUUAGUACUGUCACAAUGCAAUUAUAAGGUAAGCUCACCUAAGUUGGUAAUGAGUGGGCUUUCCUGUGAAACCCUACAAGCUAGUUAACCCUAAUUAGUCAGCAGCUUAGCAAGGCUAUGUAAAACCAAUCCAGUUAUACCAUAUAUCAAGCACCCUCUAUACUUAGGCUGGAGGAUUGGAGGAUUACUUAGGCUGAAGGAUUGGCUAUACAUAAUAAUAAUAAUUUUUUUUCACCAGGUUGACGAGGCAAUUGCUUCCAGAUACCAGAAGGUCAUGGCGGAGUGGAAAGCCUGUGAGGUGAUAGUGAAACAGAGAGAAAAGGAGUCACACUCUGCUAUAUAUGCUAAGCUCUCCUCUGGCAGUAGCAUUGACAGCCAUGUGCAGCGUUUGAUACACCGGGACUCUACCAUAAGUAACGAUGUAAGAAAACUUGCUGCUUCACAGUAGACAUCCAAAAAAACAUGUCCAACAGUUCCAACUAACUCUUCUAGAGCUCUAAGUCCUAAUGUCUGCUGCUUGUCUUAAAUGUUCUAAUAGUUCAAUGUUUAUCUCGGUAUUUCAAAUUGGGUAUUGAAUACACAUAAAGCAAUUCGUCUUUGUAAGUACUAGGUGCAUUUACUUAAAGGUCAACUCAAAACAAUUUUUAAUAUAAUAAUCCUUUCAUUAAGUUUUGAAAGUAAGUUGAAUAAUGUAUAUGUAAAACAAAAUUAGAAAAAUGCAACCCUGCCUUUAGUAUGACAGGACCCUUCAGCCACAUACAUGUACCUUGGGUCAAGCCAAACAGUGCUUGAAAGCUAACAAUUAGUCUCUAAUUGGUCUUCAGGGCCGGGCUGGGAAAAAAAUUCGGCCCGGCAUUUGUUAAUCACUGCGGCCCACUAAGAAGGGGGCAGAUCAGAGAGGGUGUGCUUUGUCAUCACCAAUGAGAAAAAGGCCCUGUAUUUGUACUACAGAGUGCAAGCUAAUUUAAUAACAUGCUUGCGCUGUGUUUCCUUUUAACUUGUCUCUGGUGUGUCUAUAAAUGGGAUACCUGAAGACAAAAGGGACAGGAAAGAAUAUUGUGCAUGUUUUGAGCCUGCUUGUGGGAUUGCGUGUGUGUAGUGAGCUCAUUGUGGUGUGGUAUUGUGUAGUAAUGUCAGUUUUAGUCGUGUUGAAUUGUGGUGUAAUGUAAUGCAUGUGUGGCUAGGGACUGUAGAGCGUGUGUAUAUAGGGGAUGUAGCAAGUUUGUGCAUAUGGCUAUAGUGUGUGUAUGUGUGUAUAGGUGAUGUAGUGUUUGUAGGGGUUGUAGAGUGUGUGUUUAGGGAAUGUAGUAUGUAUUUGCUUACAAGGAAUCUAGUGUGUGUGUGUAUAGAGGAUCCAGAGUGUAUAUGUAAGGAAUGUAGUGUGUGUAGGUGGUGCUGUGUGUGUGUAUGUAUAGGGGUCUAGUGUGUUUUUGAAGGACCCAGAAUGUGUAUAGGAGAUCUAGUGAGUGUGUGUAUAUAGCGUAUUCAGAGUGUAUAUGGGGAUCUAGUGUGUGUAGAUGAUCCAGAGUUGGGUAAGGGAUCUAGUGUGUGUCUGGAAUGGAAUGUGUUUAGGGGUGCAGUAUGUGUGUGAGGUGUGCAGUAUGUGUGUGAGGGGUGCUAUAGUAUGUGUGUGUCUGUGUGUGUGUGUGGUGCAGUGUGUCUGGGGGGUUCUGUGUGUAUGUGUGAGGGGUGCCAUGUGUGUGAGUGAAGGGUGCAUUGGGGUGUGUGCGAAGGAUGCAGUGGGUGUGUGUGAGGGGUUUAGUGUGUAUGUGAGGGGUGCAGUAUGUGUGUGUGUGGGGGGGGCGGGGGGUGCAGUGUGUAUGAGUGUGUAAUGUGUGUGUGUGUGUGUGUGUGUGUGAGGAUAAUGUGUGUGUGAAAGGGAGCUGCGUAUGUGUGUGUGACAGGGAGCUGUGUGUGUGUGAGAGUACUGUGUGGGAGGGUGAUGUGUGUGUGGGUAAUAUGGUGAGAGAGUGCUGUGUGUGAUAGUGCUGUGUGUGAGGGUGAUGUGUGUGAGGGUGAUGUGUGUGAGAGUGCUGUGUGUGUGAGAGGGAGCUGUGUGUGUGUGAUGUUGAUGUGUGUGUGAGGGUAAUGUGUGUGAGGGUGAUGUGUGGGUGUGAGGGUAAUGUGGGUGUGUGGGUGAUGUGUGUGAGGGUGAUGUGUGUGAGGGUGAUGUCUGUGAGGAUGAUGUGUGUGAGAGUGCUGUCUGUGAGGGUGAUGUGCGUGUGUAUAUGUUAGGAAGGAUUGUGUGUUGGGAGGAAAAAAAACAACAAAAAACAGGAAUUAUAUCGCUUCUUAUCUUUAGCCUGGGAGGGGGGGUCCAUGCUGCCAUCCCUGGUGGUGCUAGUGGUGAGUGAACUCUAACCUGUGGAAAACAUUGUAUACUUUUAAUGCUCUGGGUGACAUCUACCUCUAUGUCUAAUUAUUAUAUAUCACUACUAAGACUCUUGUAGACUAGUCACUUUUUAGUUUUGUAAUUUAGCCAUUUUCAUUUUUAAAACUGUACAAAUGUGUUUAUUAUAUCUCACCUAAGAUUAUACCUGUUUUUUGUUGUGCUGUCCUUGAAGACCAGAUAGUUUUCUAGGAAGGGAUUUUUGGUUUUCUGUUUUACAUACCUUCCACCUGUUAUAUUCAGAAUUUAAUUUUGUGACAUUUACAUUUAAUUGAACACUUAACAUGUUUCAAAGCCAAUUUGUUUGGUAAUUUCCUCAUUCUAGUGGAGAUAUCAGCUUUUUACCAUCUGCUCAAAAGACAUUUUACUAGCAUAGCAUGAUAGUGAUUCAUAGUCCUCUAUAAAUCUGUAAAGUUCAGGGUAUGGAAUGCCGUAAUGCAUAUAACCUUUUAGUCUUUUAUCCUACUAAUUAGUUAUUGGCAUACACAGUUAUAAUGCCAUGUUCUAGCUGAUCAAGGAUCACAAAAAAAGGGUGGAGACUAUUAGUUUAUGUCAUCAUGUUCCGUGUACUUCUUGUACUUGUUCUCAUACUGCAAACUGUUUAUAUGUGAAUGCCAGGUCUUCAUGUCCACAGAAGAACUUGAUGUAUCAGAGAGAGACUUGAAAGGACGAAAUGAUAAAUCAUCCACUCUGGCAAAUACUGGUGCUACUGUUGUAGUAGCACCUGCAGAACCACAGCAAUCUGUGGAAUUUGACUCUCCAGAUUCUGGUCUUCCUUCUUCUCGUAAUUACUCGGUGACCUCCGGAAUCCUUUCCAGUAUUGAUGAUGGGCAGAGCAUAUGCUUUGAGGAGGAAGAGUCAAGCACAGAGUCUGAUAGGACUGAAAUGAGUGUUUCCCAUCCACGUAAAAGUAAAGGAAUCCUCAAAAUGCAGGACUCUAUAAGUGAAGAGCAUCUAUGCUCACAGUUAGAAUCCCUAAGUGCUGCAGAUGACAUCUCUUCCAUGUGUCCCACAUCUUAUACGGUAAGAAAUCUCUUUGGUAUCAAACAAUUUUAUGGAAAUGAAAGAUGAAGAUCAUAAGAGAGCAAGUAGCAAAUACCUUAAAGAUUGCCAGAAAGCAAGCUGCGCAUAUUUUGCUGAUGCAAGGAGUGUGUGAAGAAAGACCGACAGAUUUCAUAUUGAUUAUAAACUUUGUGCAGAAACAUCAUCUGUGUGACAGUUCUCUAUGUACAAAACAAAACAAGAAAGGGAUUAGAUAAAAAUGAAUACAAGCAAUGUAUGAGCUAAUAUAAUACUUUUAGGUAAUAUUCAGUAUUUGAUUGAUACAUACAUACACAUAAUAAAAAAGUACAAAAAAGCAAUACAAACCAGCUUUCUCUAUUUUACAAAGAGUAUGCAAGUGUCACGGGUCUGGUCGAGAAAGGGUGCUGACCAGAGCAGCAACCUCUGUAGGGUGGAACCUAGAAUGCAAAGAAACCAGCAAACACACAAAUCAAGGCAAAAACAAGUCUAUCAUUAUUUACAAGGAACACAAAGAAUCAAAUACAAGCACAUAUAGCUCAAUGAAAGAGAAGGUAGCAGUCUGGAUACAGUGAGCAAGGAACUCAGGAAGGCAGCUAGCUCAGGAACUCAGGAAGGCAGCUAGCUCAGGAACUCAGGGAAGCAGCUUGCUAAGAAACUCCGGAAGGCAGCUAACUCAAAAACUCAGGAAGGCAUCAUGCUCAGGAACUCAGGUAGCAGCUAAUCUAGGAACUCAGAAAGGCAGCAUGCUCAGGAACUCAGGAAGGCAGCUAGCCUUGGAACUCAGGAAGGCAGCUAUCCAAGGAACUCAGGAAGGCAGCUAUGCCAGGAACUCAGGAAGGCAGCUAGCUCAGGAACUCAGGAAGGCAGCUAGCUCAGGAAUUUAGGAAGGUUGUAAACUCAGAAACUCAGGAAGGCAGCAUGCUCAGGAACUCAGGAAGGCAGCUAGCCUAGUAACUCAGGAAGGCAGCUAUUCAAGGAACUCAGGAAUACAGCUAUCCCAGGAACUCUGGGAGCAGCUAGUCUAGGAACUCAGGAAGGCAGCAUGCUCAGAAAGUCAGGGAACAGUUUGCUCAGGAAUUCAGGAAGGCAGCAUGCUCAGGAAGGCAGCUAUCCCAGGAACUCGGGAAGCAGCUAGUCUAGGAACUUUGGAAGGCAGCAUGCUCAGAAACUCAGGGAACAGUUUGCUCAGGAAUUCAGCAAGACAACUUCCCCAGGAACUCAGGAAGCCGCUAACCCAGGAACUCAGACUGUUACUUAGGACAAAAGGACCAGACCAAAAAUACCUGGUAAAUAAGAAGGAGUGAGACUCAAAUAAAUAGGGAGGCUAUGAUUGCAAAGUAAGGUCAGCAGGUAACAAAGAAAGAUCUCAGUCUGGCUACAACAGCCUGCAACAGCACCUCAGAAAGGUAGUGGCACUGUGAGGUACUGCACCAGAAUGAGAGUUAACAGAAUCAUGACAGUAUGUGUUCCCUGUAAGGUCUUCAAUGCUACCUGCCUGUCUGUCUGUCUGUCACAAUAGUACAAUCAUAAAGUAUCAUUCUUUUUUUUUCUUUGUCAGAUAGAAUUAAUGGAUACUAUUGCCUUAAAUUUGCAUCGCAUUGAUAAAGAUGUCCAGAGGUGUGAUCGGAAUUACUGGUAUUUCACAUCUGAUAAUUUAGAAAAGCUCCGUAACAUCAUGUGCAGGUGGGUAAGGCAGUGUCUUGAGAGCAUAACAAGUACUACAUCUGGUACCAAGCUUAUUCAGUGUCAACAUUUUCUGAAAUUAGAUCUAAUGUUCAUCAGAAAUGUUCUUUUUGAGUGGAGCCCAAUUAAUCUAAUACCUUUAAAAAAAUGUCUAUUUACCAUUAGGUGUCUUUGUUCUUCUUAAAUCUUAUUUUCUUCAGUCCCAAAACAAGGCCAAAAAAUCCAUUAAAUCCCAAUGUAAUUUUUAAAAUAAAAAAUGGACUGGCUCGCAAGACAGGAACAAAACACGUCACCAAAUAUAUUAAUCCAAGUUGGACGAUCUAGGGUUCCAUGCAGACUGAGCUUGCGUAGCUCAUAAGGGCUUUCCCACGCUGUGCAAUUUCAGUCAAAGCGCUGUGACAGGCAAAUCUCACUUAUCUUGAGACUUGAGUAGGAGAAUUUUUAGCACACUUGUGACAUAGUGGCAGUUUUAUUGUUCCAAGUCACUAGUGAAUACAGAAACAAGAAUAAGAAAAAAGUUACAUGUGCACUAUCCCAAUAACUGAAGGUUUUUUAGUAUCUCUCCAAUGGCCAUUCAAGUGUAAGCUCAUCUGCCACGUCAAGGCAAACCUCCUAGGUGAGUCCUACACUAACAAUUCACCUUACUGCUUUCAGCAAAAUAACCUACACGAUUUCUAAGCAUUAAUAUGGAACACAUGGGGCAGGCGGAAGCACUGUAACAUAGCUUUGUAAUACAAAGGCAAAUACAAACAUACAAAAUUAAGCCCUACGCUCAAACUCCCACUACUCCUGGGCAGCAGUAAUGACUAAAGCAUACAUCAGCCCCAAUAAAUACAGUAAAAACACAUGAAAAAAGUUUCCUAUGCGCUGUCAUAAAUCCCUAUGCACAUCUAAAUGACAGAAGUUUUAGUAUCACUCCAAUGAAUAUUCAAGUGUAAGCUCACCUGCCACGUCAAGGCAAAACCUCUCAGGUGAGUCCUACACUAAUAAUUCACAAUGCUGCUUUCAGCUUAAAGGCAAAAUUUGAAACAGAAAGGGGUAAUUUUUUAAACCCCAACACACUUAUUAACAGCAAGUGCAUAGAGCAAGAUUAGUGUUUGGCUUCUUCUUGCACAUUGUAUUUCAGCCAAGUGCAUCCUCGUUGUUCUUUGUGCAAAAACUUGUUGCUGUGGUAAUGUUCAAAUAAAGACAGCCUGUAUGUUUCUGCUAAAUGAACAAGUGGUCUUUUUUUAGGGCUAAAAAUGUCCUCUUGCCAUUAGCUAUUAACAAGUGAAACUUUAGCCCUGGCAAGUGGAAAUUCACCCUUUGAGAGUAUGACUUGCAGUGGCAAGUAAAUUUUAAGGCCUGGCUAGUAACAUAGGACUACAAAUCAUAAGCCCUGUAUGAGAGGCACAUCUUAUAAUAAUGCGUUUUUAUUUACAGCUACGUGUGGGAACACCUUGAUGUCGGAUAUGUACAAGGAAUGUGUGACCUUUUGGCACCACUGAUGGUUGUCCUGGAUAAUGGUAAGGAAAUGUGUACAAACAGCUAAAAAGAAAACUUUGGAAUAUUCCUAUUAUAUAGUUCAGAGGUCAGCAACCUGUGGCAUGUGUGCCAUACAUGAACCCAGUGAGACCAGGAAUCAUGCAGCACUUGCUAGUGCCAAACAAGCAGUCAGCAUUACCGGUGAUUGCGACAUGCUGUGCCGGUCAGAGCUGGGAGGAAGUGAAGUUAGAGCAUUUAUUCCCAGCGGUCUUAAAAAAGAAUCUGUGUGGGAUAAGAGCAAUAUACACAUGGAAAUUUUAAAAUAAAAUCAGACCGGCACUCCAAGAGACUUCAAAGUCUUGUUUUAACACACUGUCUUGUUAAAAAGGUUGCCUACCCCUGAUAUAGUGUGUAUAUUGGCUAUAUACAUGAUCCAUUGUUACUUAUCAGGCUGAUGGGAAAGUAUGUAGGCUGUAUUUUAUAAAUAAAUAAACCCAUGUUUCACUAUAUGUGCGCAUAUUUGUGUGCAAUGAGUGUGAGUGCAUCAUGUCUGCAUCAAUGUGUUCAGCAAGCACACAUCUAUGCAUAUAUGAAUACAAAUAAACAUCCAAACAUACUGACAUCUUAACAUAGUUCACCUCAAACAUGCACCUGGAAUGAAAUGUAAAGCAAGGUGGUACUCUGAGCAGGUGGCAGAGGAUUAACCGUGCAUGCACCAUAUACCACCUGCAAUGGAAUCUUGGGCCUAACCACAUCUAAAAUACACUAUUGAACAACCCUUUGUAAUAUGUAAAGACUGUGCUUUAUAAACUAGAAGACUAGACCCAAUCAGCUCUAUUCCUAGAGCUGAUAUAUACCAUUCCAUAUAUAUCGUGAAUAUAUCAUUCCAUUUAUCAAGCUUGCCCGUUUUCGGGACCAUUGUACCACAAUCAUACCUAAUUCAAAUAAGCGUAUUAUAAAGGUUGCAAGUUAUUAUCACCUUUUGAAAGCAUGCCACAGGUUACACAAGAGUGAAGGUGUAUGUAUCUAUAUAUAUAUAUAUAUUUUUUUUUUUUUUAAAGAACGGGUGGUGUGCACUCACAGACCUUGAAAAUGUAGUAUGUAUUUCCUCAUAGUAGUACAAUUUACAAUAAAUAAAGUGCAGAAGAUGGUCAAUGUUUCAGUCCCAGGGCAGGACUUUCCUUAGGACAGCAUAGUCACAGCUAGUAUGUCACUUCCCAAGCUCACUGAGUUGUCUUUUAAAAAUAAGAUUCUUGUCCCAUUUAAAUUGCGUAACUUGUACAAAUUCUACAAUAUAUCUAAAACCAAGCUUUUUCAAGGACACAGAUAAUAACUCUUGGAUAAUAGCCUGAGUACUGAUUGUGGAAGCCUCCAAGCUAAUGUGCAAUAAUGGAUGAACUGCAAUUGAGGGCUGAAAGUAGCUACAUGAGCAAGAGGAAUAUGCAAGACAGAAAUAAACAUAUUGCUUUUGAACUACUGUGGUAAAUUCAUUAGUGGCUUAUCACAACAUAGUAAACAUCAGUGAGAUGUAUCAGCCCACAGCUAUCAAAAGCCCAGGACUACCAGGCUACUACUUUAAACAGAAAGUUACUAACACAUAUGUGACUGGAUCCUUGUGGCUGAGUAGAAAAGUGUAAAACUAAAACCCUGUUUCAGAUAUUAAUGUGACUGCAGGUAGAUAUAACCAGUGCUAUGUCAGUUUCUAAUGAUGUAUUUUACCAAUAGAUUUUUUGGCAUACAGUUGCUUCACACAACUCAUGAAGAGAAUGAGUCAAAACUUUCCAAAUGGAGGUGCAAUGGACACACACUUUGCAAACAUGAGAUCUCUGAUCCAGGUACGUUUUCCUUUGGGUAAAUCAUUAUAGAGGACUUAUAGCAAUACGUUGACCAGUAUGUUGAGGAGAAUCUGCAUUUACCUCUGCUGCUUCUUUUAAUAAACAUGUAUCUCAUCUUCUCAUCUCAGUUUAUAACCGGAGCAAAAAGGCCUCUAUGCAAACAAUAAGCAUGGCAAAAUCAAUAUAAUAGAAAUGUAUAAAUAUAAUUAGUGGGAAUGUUACAAGGCCCAAUGGUGUUAUGGUGAUGUUUAAAAACAGUCAAGUGAAGUCACUCCGAGCAACAUACAGACCAGCCUUGACUUAAACUAUGCCCCAUUACUUUCUCAAUAAAGGAAGACACAUUUGUAUGAUUAAAUAAAACUACAGUUACGUCAUUUCAUCGUACAUUAAUUUCAGAGUUGCAUGUCAGCAAAAGGAAGUUUAUAUAAUAUAUUUUAAACACUUUGAGACCCAAAGAAGUUAUUGAAACACUUAGAAUGAUGGAAUAUGAGAUAACUUUGAGGUGGGUUACCCAGUACUGACAUUGGUGUCGGGGUAAGAUAUUACUGGUGAACCUGAGACACUUUUAACAAGAUGUAAUCCAUAAGAAAUGUUUAUUUGAGUGAUCAUUUUUAACUUGUAUCAUUAGUCUCACUGAAUGUCGCUAAUGCUCAUUUAUGGAUUAAACUAUAAAUCGAAGACAAAUCGUAACUUGGCUCCAAUCUCACUGCAUCAGUAUCUAGUUAUGUAGCUCAACCUCAGUUCAAUAUUUGCAUUGAUUCAUGAACUCAUCCAGGAUGUACUCCAAAAUAAGUGUCCUGCUCUGAAAUAAAUCACAAGCAAAUUCCCUGCUUAGAAAGUAGAACAUACAUCACAUUAAUGCCAGUCACUGACUGGGACAAUGUUUCUGCACCAACUUGCUUUUAAUGAAUAGCCAAAUGGGAGAUUUAUCACCAACUAUUAUCAUGACAUGGGAUUAAGUCUUACUGCAAAUCAAAUUUAAUGCUUAGAUCCCUUUAUGCAUUUUUAUUAUAGUAAAAUGGUUUAGUAAUAAAUAUUACUAUGACAUAGCUCUUUGAAAAAAAGCCAACACUAAAGCAGAUUAAAGAGCCACAUGACAAUUGUUUUUUUUUUGUUUUUUGUUUUUUAAACACUGUCUUAUUUAACCCAUUCAAGAUCAUAAUUUGCCUUAUACUUUGUUCUGAUAUGUGGUUGACGUGGUGGAGGUAAAUUAAAACCAUGCUAUAUCAGGGGUGCUCAAAAAGUAGAUCCCCAGAUGUUUGAAAACUACAUGGAAGUUGUAGUUUUACAACAUCUGGGGAUCUGCCUAUUGGACACCCUUGUGCUAUAGCGUUUGGGUUCUCCUAAGGGGUGACAUCCAAUAGGUACAGGUUGUGCUCUUUUUCAGUUGAAAUUGUCAAUGUUUUUUAUAUUUUAAUUCAUAUUGUAUUUCUGUCUGUCAUGCCAUGUAAAUUAAUACAAUUGUUGUAAUGUGGUACUUGUGGGGCACAUGUGCUUAUACUGCAUAUAAUUUGUAUUUUAUGAAAUUGUCAGUUAUGUAUGUUUAGUUGAGUAUCUGAAUCCAUUUUUAUUUAGAAAUACUUCUACUGUACUGUUUUUAAUUCUUCAGUGACAUACAGGGUUGUUUGACAUUUGGAAGCCUCUUUGUAUCAUCAUCAGAACGUUUCAAUCUUGUUUUAUUUUUGCAGAUUUUAGAUUCUGAAAUUUUUGAACUCAUGCAUCAGAAUGGAGACUACACACAUUUCUAUUUCUGUUACCGAUGGUUUCUGCUCGAUUUCAAAAGAGGUACUUAAAAUAUCUACUGACAAUCACUGGCAAGGCCUUUAAGUAACAACAAAAACCAAUAUAUAAUCCACCAGGGAGCUUUGUGACAUACACUGAUUGCAGCAAUAAGGGGAGAGCUAGCAAUAGUUGGACUAGGGUGACAAGUACAAAUAAAUAAAAUCCGAGCCACAGGCACUUUUCUGGGCAGCCAGGAGGUAGGAGGAAGGAGAGCGAGGACCCGGCUCUAUCUAGCAGCUCCACCAGGUCCUUCCUCUCGCGAGGUUGGAGCGUUGCCGCGGUUACCGUGGCAACGCUCCGGAUCUCGCGAGAGUAAACUCACCACGAGACCACCAGCGCUUUUCCACCGGACCACUAGGGCUGCAAUCUCCCCCCUUCCUGGGCAAAGAUAAGAAGGGAGGGGGGGACAUAACUGAAAAAGGAUGUAUUUAAAAUAAACGUAGCUACUUAUGUUCAUUUUUAAUACAUGGUCUAUUUAUAUAUAUAUAUAAAAAAAAAAAAAAUAUAUAUAUAUAUAUAUAUAUACUUGCCUAUAUCUGCACCCUCACAUACACACACUGCACUGCAUCACACACACGCAGCACCACAGACAAACACACAGUUCACCCUUCACACACAUGCUGCACCACACACACACACAGACACUGCACCACAGACACACACAGUGCACCCUUCACACACACACACUACGCCACACACACAGUGCACCCUUCACACACACACACUGCAACCCUCUCUCUCUCUCUCACACACACACACUGUACCACACACAAAUACAGUGCAUCUUUCAUACACACUAUACCCCACACACACACUGUACCCCUUACACACACACUGCACCACACACAAACACAGUGCAUCCUUCACACACACUGCACCCUUCACAUAUACACACUGCAACCCCUUACACACACACUGCACCACAAACAGUAGUGCACCCUUCACACACAACAUUGUAACAGAGACAGACACACACAGACACAUACAUACACACACACACACAGAGACAGACAGACACACACAUACAGAGACACAGACACACACACACAUACAAAGACACAGACACACACACAUGCAGAGACACACACAUACAGAGAUACAGACACACACAUACAGAGACACAGACACACACACAUACAGAGACACAGAGAUACAUACAGACACACACACAUACAGAGACAGACACAAAUACAGAGACAGACACACAUACAGAGACACACAUACAGAGACACAGACACACACACAUACAUACAGAGACACGCACAUACAGAGACACAGACACACACACAUACAAAAACACACACACAUGCAGAGACACAGACACACACAGAGACACACAGAUACAUACACACAUACAGAGACAGACACACACAUACAGAGACACACACACACAGACACAAACAUACAGACACACAGAUACAUACAGAGACACAGACAGACACACACACACACACACACACAUACAGAGACAGACACACACAAAACAGAGACACACACACACAUACAUACAUACAGAGACACGCACACAAAAUGUUUGCUGUUUCCUACCUUUUGUGACUUUCCCUGGGGUCCAGUGGGGGCUUAGCCUGAUGGGAGUCAGAGUUCCCACUCUGAAUCCCUCCUCCUUCCUGCUUCCUCCCGCGCGGGCCCUGAUAGCUGGGAGGAGUGACCGGGAUGUCAUCACGGGGGCCCGGUCGCGCUGUUAAAGAGCCCAGCGCUAACCAGGCCCCCUGACAAUCCAUAUCCAUUGGGUGGCCCUGACAGCAUGGGCCGCCCAAUGGACCCCUUAACAUGCAGCCCCGGCGGUUUGCCGUAUGGGCCCGGGCUGCAAAACGUGGCAGCUGGUACCCGGUAUGUACGCCUGUGAUUGCACCCCUCACACAGUGCUCACCACACACACAGUACCCAUCACACAAACACACAACACCCCUCACACACACACAACAUGCCUUAUACACACUACAUUACUUACAAACACUACAUCCCCUGUAAACACUCUGGAUUCUCUACACACACACAAGAGAUCCCCUAUAGACACACACUGACCCACCUAAACACACUACAUUUCUGACAUACAUACUCUGGAACCCUAUGCACCCACAAGAUGCUCUACACUCAAACAAACACACUACAUUCCCUAAACACACAUUCUUUACAUAUCAUACACACACUACAUCACCUACACACACACAUAUACUACAGUCCCUAUGCACACACUCUCUCACUCACUUCAGUCCCUAGCCACACAUAUUACACAACAAACACAUCACAACUGAAACCUACCAAUUUACACAACACAUCACACCACAAUCAGCUCACUCUACACACACGCAAUCCCACAAGCAGCCUCCAAACACAUGCACAAUACACUUUCCUUGCCAUUUUGUCCUCUGGUAUCCCACUUAUGGAGACACCAGAGACAGAACAAAUACAGAACUUUUUUUCUCAUGCUAGAGCUCUUCAGCAGAACUCUGCACAUGGGCUGCCCUGGAAGAGCAUUGAACCAACUGAGAGGGGGCGUGUUUAUCAUUGGUGAUGACAAAACGCCACCUCUCUCACCCCACCACUCUGUCUGGGCCACUGUGAUUCAAAAAUGCCCAGGCUGAAUUUUUUUCCCAGUCCAGGCCUGGUUUAGGCUCUGACCACAAUUACGCACAACGUAGUCCUAUCCCAUGUAAUUUGUCCCAAAACACUUUGCUUGCUGAACUGUUUUUGUUGCUGCCAGUUAAGACACACACAAAGAGAACGUCCAAGUAGCUACCUGGCUAACAGAUGUUUGCAACUUGUUUUUUUUUCCUCUAAAUAUCUUCAGAUCUAUACAUUUACUAGCCACUAAGCUACUAUGAUUUACAUAUAAUGUCACUGUCUGCAUGACAAAAUACAUGUUAUUAAGCAGUUUUGGUUACUCCACAAUUUUCAGGUCAUUUAAAUUUACAGUUGAAUAGCAGGCUGAUUAAACUUGUUCUAGAUUAUGUUCUGAGCGUUGCCCUCAUCCUGUUUUCUAUUUUGUUCCUCUAGAACUUUUGUAUGAAGAUGUAUUUUCAGUGUGGGAAGUUAUCUGGGCUGCUAAACACAUAUCCUCAGCACAUUUUGUACUAUUUAUUGCUCUUGCUCUGGUGGAGGUUUAUCGGGAGAUUGUACGUGACAACAAUAUGGAUUUCACAGAUAUCAUCAAGUUUUUUAAUGGUAAGAAACACUUAUUUGAUUUGGAUCUUGGGGAGAUGGUUCUUCAAGUACACAUUAUUUUGAUCCUAAUAUCAGAAAGUCAAACAAACUUUUAAAAGUUCUAAAUAUAUUUGAAAACAAGUUAUGUAGCAAAUACUUUUUUUGUUGAGUUCACUCACGAGCAAUACUGGGGAGUUGUGUAGUGGUCCCUUAAUCACUUCAAAUCAUCUACAUAUGUAUUGUGCAUUCAUUUGAAGGCUCCAAACUGCAGAGGGACUGCAAAUUAUUUGAGAAUUAUAGCAACGAAUAUUCCCUCUGGCCAGUUUGUGUGCUUAGUGAAGAAACUCUGGGCACGUACUGGUCCUGUCUCAGGUUUGACCAUUGGUGAUUUUUGUUUUUGAUCCAUUUCCUUUUGCCUCUAUCUAUCUUUUUCUGCUACUCAUUUUUUUGACACUUUUAAAUGUGCUAAUCCAUCAUAACAUUCUGAUUAAAUGAACUGUAAAUUGCACAUAAAUUGCAUCACGUCCACAGUAAUACAUUCCCAGAGGAACUGCGUUUUUAUAUACUGUGGUAUUCAGAUGCCACCUCAAAGUUAGAGCCACUCUUCUGAAACUAUAGUUCAACUGGGCACCUUUUAUAUAGGUUGUAGAAAAUGCCAUUCAAUAAACCUAACAGUACUUAUAUAUAUCGUCUCCAUUGGAACGACGUAAAUGUACUACUUCAGUUUUUUUCUUGUCAUUACGUGGAAAUAAGUGAUUUUGUAUUAUUAAGAAUUAUGUGAAAUUUGCCAUCCAUAUUGUGAGAAAUGUAACCUUUGUACUUAGGAUUAGAAAAAUGUAUGCAUUCCCCCAGAAAUGCAUGCACAGUUGCACACACAAAUUGUUUACAGGGUUUUUCACCGAACACUGGAUUUUGUUUGAAUUGACAAAAUCCAGUAAAAUUACCGAAUUUGGGCAGCAUUCAGCCUGUUUUGCAUAAUUUGUUCUCAAGUGUUCAGAAAAUCAUUAAUAUCCGCAUUCUAACCAAUAAAAAGCACAUGGAAUGGACAUUCAUCGGUGACUGCAUGGAGUUAAACAAAAAGUAAAAAACAAGUAAUGAGGAUAAGGACUUGGCUGCAGUGAGAAGUCUCUCAGUGCUGGAAUAAAAGUGCAUUUGAUAGAACUUUUAAUGUUUAAAAUAAUAAAUGUGGAGGGGAGACAAUAAUCUAAAAUAGAACAGGAACACAUCUAACAAAAAUAGAUGUUUUAAUUUUAUUUUUUAUGUAUUAGAGUGUUCCUUUACUUACAAUUGUUGACACACACAUAUUUACACUCAAUGAUACAGAAGAACAUAAACUCAAUUAAACAUAAACAGGGAUGCUGCAGACUCACUUACUAGCUCAGCUGCAUGGGUUUUGGUGUUAACCAGAUAGGGUACAGACCACUGAGGUUAAUCCUGACGAGUCCUGGACAGUGUGAGGGUGACCAAGGCUGAUCUGUAGUUGCACAGUGUCAGCAUUAUUCACUAAAAUGAGAAUUCAAAGUCAAAUUAGCCAAACUGGAAUUCUCAAUGUCAGCUAUGUUUUCCCUUCAGCUACUCUAGACUUCAAUUUGAAAUUCACUUUAAAUUCUCACUUUAGUAAAUAACUCUGUCAAUAUUGCCCCGGUUGUAGAGGGACAAGAAGGGGAAACUCCAGCUAUGGGAAAAGGCAGAGCUUGUUUCUACAAAGCUAGAAGGCUGUUUCAGAAGCCAUUGCCCAAACUUUGGGGGUUUAAAAAAUAUAAAUAAACAAAUGUAAGGAAUAAAUAAUGUGCUGACCCCUUAAAUUUGCCACUCUAAGUCGAUUUGGCCUAGUUAUAAAUAAAUUACUGUCCUUAGGAUACCCAAGUCAUUUGCAGUAUUUCCAUUCUUUUACUAUGUAAUUACAAUUUGUUAUUUUAUGUAUUUCUGAUUUUUGCAUUUUUCUUUUAUAUUUUAUAUUAUCUUAUACAUAAUUUAUAUUUUCUCUCUUAUUCUUAGAAAUGGCUGAGCAUCAUGAUGCACAAUUAAUUUUGCGGAUAGCACGUGAACUGGUCCAUAAGGUUCAAACUCUGAUAGAAAAUAAAUGAGACAUCUUUUCAUUGAGGUGGAAUGUUGGAUCAUCAUAUAGAGGUGCUGAAAAGGCCUUCAACU